CUAUAUGUACUGUUGAUAAAGUUAGGUGCUGUUCUGAGCAUUAUUUGUGGCUAUAGAGUGGCGUUAUGGUUGAGGUUUGUUUAUGGCUCCUUAGACCGCUGGCUAUUGCUAUCCUGCGGUCCCUACUAAAGUUGGUAUAACUAGAGAAGCAAGCGGUCUGCAACAUCCAUCUUUCCACGGGGUGUCUAACUCGGUGUUAUGGUGUGUUUUGACCCUAACUUUAUUUUACGCUGGAAUAUCCCUCUAAGGACAAUAGCUCUCUAUUUGUGAUAGGUUAAAAGCUUUCACACAGAUGUUUUGCAGGCCUGAAAAAAUGGACCCAACAGAUGAUGUAUAACCUCAUAAUCUCAAAACAAUUACAUUUUUCUGUACUCUAUCAAAACAAAAAUGUAGUACAGUUAUACUAAACAUCAGCACAUAUGCUAGUCGGAUUGCAGUACUCAAUUUGAGUGAAAAAAAAAAUUAAAAUGAAAAAAGACCCUGAUAGUUUAUGGAGUAAGGCAAGGAUGCUGAGACUGCGAGACCCCAGGGCCUGACAUCUGAGGCCUAGGCGUCAGGGCAACCAGCAAGCGGCGCUUCAGCCCCAGCUCGACUCUCAGUCCCGCUAUCACUGAAAAUGUCCACAGAGGAUCGAGUUACACUACGCCCCACCUUUAAGCCCCAGUCAGAGCGCCGUUAGCCGCAGGACAACAGGGGAUAGGAUAGGGUACUGACCGACGGGCAACCGAAGGCUCCACACUCAUGUAAGUGGUCAUUUCUGGACUAAUGUAGCUUGUAGGAAUGUAUAUGAAGUCUUCGGGGGGUAUUAGGGACGUCUGCUCUCCUAACGGUCGCCUUUGUUCGCUGCAUUGCCGCUAAUUAGAGGGGAAAUAUUCUGAGACGUAUGUUGUCGCUGUGGGUCAUCCAGCAAGAAACACUGGAUUAAAUACCUCAACGCUUAUCUUCUCGACUUUAAAGUAUGUUUCAGUUGCGUACAGCGGGCGUUUAAGCCUCAUACGUGUAAUACUAUCUUGACUUUCUCGACCGUCUCCCACUCGGAAGCCUGUUGCUUCUUUUCGCUCCACGGAGGAGAUGGGGAAGGAGGAGGAGGAGGAGUUGUGAAAAGCGGAUUGCCCAGAGUGCCAUGGCGACUUUAUUCAAAAUACCAGAAAACAUGACUGUUUACAUUAACAAUAUCUACCUUCGUAUGCACUAAACGCUUUGUAACGCCAAGCAAAUGUGAAUUACAAUAUGUAGGACUCGACCGACAUUACCUUUAAUGUCGGAGAAGAGCAGCACGAUAACAUGACAACCUGUUAUUAAUAGCUAGUUACUGCCAAAGCAAAGCUAACAGAAGACACCAAAACCGUUAAUUUAGAGAAAAGUACAACAAUUAAGUGUUUUUGGGUGAAUUUCAAAGUAUAAAAAGAAGCUCCUAAGGUCUAAAGUGAAUCAUUACUAGCUUCUGUAUAUGAAUCACGUCUGUCUUAGGAAUGUUAAGGAAUCUCAGGAUGUCAACAAAACUGUUUCGCAGGCCCCUGAAUGCAACAUCCACGAUAAGCUUUAGGGGUUAUAGCAGACUGUGCUUAAAAGCUUAAAAAAAGUGUAAAAAUCUACUAGCUAUACCUCCCACCAGUACUCACGUUUGAUAUCUUUUUCUACAAGAAUUUAUUGGUACAGUUAUUUUUAGCACUACUUCAAAACUAGAAUAUACACAGUUACCAUUAGCACAUCACAGUGAUAAAAAAGGCCUUAUAUAACCAGGCUACAUUACUAUAUUCACAAACUUCAUGUACUGUUUGAAAGUUUAAGACACAAGUUGUUGAUCUAUUGAAAAGAAAGUCAACAAACAAAUAUUGUGGUGAGCUGGUUGCACAUGUACUGUAGCUAUUCUGAGACUGUAUACAGGGCUUUCAAUUAUCCCACCAAUCUCCUCUAAUCGUGUAAUGUCUGCCUGGCUCAUGACAUCCUGGAAACAAAGCCACUUCUUAAGUCAACUAUGAUGGUGCUAAAAUGGGAGUCAACAGCUCCACAACAAGCGGGAGUCAGAUAUAAAACGCUAAACCAGAUAAAUUAGUUAUCAUUAGCUUGUGAAUGCGCAAGGCUUUGUGUUAUGUCUGAGUCAAGCAGAAAGGGUUAUGUGUUUCUACUUUUUAAACUUGUUGUAAAUAUAUGAAAGAGUGGAGACAGAGUUGCUCUAUAUGAUACUUUACGACAUGACGUGAUAAUAUCCAGUGAACCUGCAACACUGUAUAAGUGUUAGAGAAGUAGAUUAUAAUACAACACAUGUACAUGUAUGUGCAGUAUGUACCUGGUGAACUUAAGUAUGCAAAACAACUCUAAAAUCCUAAAUUUAAUUUGUGUUACCACAAGGUAUGAAGCAGUAUUGAUACACUUGGUCAAACUAGUUCGGGAGCCAUAUUUAGAUUAAAAGCUCCUGUGAAGAAUUUUUUGUUUGUGUUGACUUUGGCGCCCCUUGUGGACAAGCAGUGUUUGCUUAUCUUAUCUAAAACUGUAAAAACAGGGGGCUGCUAAGCCGACACCUACCCCUUCUCACUAAUAUAAAAAUUGUUAAUCUUGUGCUUUUUUAAUUUUUUUGCUAUUGAUAUCAUGAAAAGGUAUCAAAAUAAAUUCCAGUUAAUUUCAUAAACAUCGAAAACGUCUCAUAGUAGCUUUAAAUAUGGUGACUUGGCCUCAGGCAGACAUAUUUGCAAAUAGAAUGAUGAUAUUUUUUCCCACUUCUAGUGAAAUUUUUCUUUUAGGAAAAUAUAGAAAAUGUGGAGGCUGUAGAUUUGUAAUACAUAGGGCAAAAUGACUGUCAAAAGGCGCUAAAUGGAAGUCCCAGUGAUUUAAAUUACCCUGUUUGAAUUUAUCAAUAAUAGCAUUAGUGAAAUAUAAAAGAGCUAAAAACCUGCAAUAAAAAUGUGCUCAAACAAAAUCACUGCACCACCACGCUGGAAACUCAGUAAAUAGCCUGCAGUCCUUUAGCUCAAUGGUUCCUCUGUGAUGUUAUUGUGAAGCAGUCUUAAGAGAUAAAUAUGGACCUGACUGAAAGGAAAUAAAUCCAUUUUUCCUUUCAUGUUGACCUUUUCGAUGGAGAGUGUUUAAGAAGUUGAGUUCAGGGGAGAAUAAAGCUUUGCUGUUCUUACUUACUGUUCAUAAAUAGUGCCUUUUAGGAGUUUUAAAAUAUGAGGAACUCUGCCCUUAUAUUCAGUUUUAUGACCGUCGUGAAAAAAGAGCUAACAUAUUCUGUUGUUUUACAGGCCGUGAAUAAAAGAAGAGUUGUCGUUAAUGGGGACAAAUCGCAUCCAACUGGAAUUGUAAACAUGAUAGAAACUAUGGGUAAGUGUUGUGUUUUCAUUGUGUAAGAUACAACUGUAAGAUACAACUUCCAGAGUUUUAUGAUACAACCAAGACUAGAUUAUAUUUAUAAUAAUUAACUUCCUGAUUGCUUUUGCAGUAAAUCCAUUAAGCUUAAAGGCCCUGAAAGUAAAAAUAAGGCAUUCUCAAUUACUUCUUAUUUACAACAAAUGCAAUCUUUUAAAUGUUACUUCUCUAUUUGUGCCAGUGCUGUUAGUGUUACUGUCUUGUAAUUGUUUCAUGCAAAGAAGAAAAUAGUCGUAAAAAGUGUGAACAAGACGCGUUUGGCCAUUCAUUUUUUGUCUGAAUCCAGUCAUUAUUCUCUCUGCCAUCUUUACCCAUUUAACAGACAAGGCUUUAACGCCUCUGAUACAAAAUACUAAGCUUAAUUGAGAUUAAAUUGGACUCUAAUAAGCUAGACAAAACACAAAACACUGCCUCUGCAUACACACUGGGCCUUUUAUUUCCAAUCUUCUUUUCUUAAAUAAGCAGUUUUUGCAAAGGGGUUCAGUUCAGUCGGUUGGGAGUCAGUCUUCGCUGGCUCUGCAGCCGGGUUUGGCUCCUGCUUGGAGUGUGUCUCAACCAGAGUAAGAAGCCCUGGAUUACGUUCAAGGCGUGCGGACUGCCAAUGUUGCCAUAUCUGAUAAUGUUGCCACAUACUUGAUUGUUUGUUUGUCCCCAUAGAGAUUUAUUUGUCCAACUGUCAAGCGACGAGCCAGAUUGGUACUGCCAGCUUCUUUCUUUAAUGCUGCAAGCUGUGGUCACUCUCAAGACUGGCAUAUUGACCGGGUGCUUGUACACCGAAAUAUGACAGUUUGAGAAUUGGGGGUGUGAUACGACAAACUUGGCUGCAUUUAAGAAACUGAGAAUAUUAAAGAAGCAAUAUACUUUUAGUUCAAAUCAAACUGGAGUCUAUUCAAAUUUGAACAGUUUUAUCCUCGUCCUCUUUUAAACGUUGGAUCCAGCUAAAAAAGAUGAAUCUGGUGAAAAGGGAUAAAAAUCCCAGAUUGCCAAUAUUGAAGUUUAUCCUUGAUUCUCAAACUGGAAUGCAAACAGACCUUUUUUUUUUUUUUCUGCAUCUGUUUUUCACCAAAAGGACUCUGCAAAGUUUCUCACGAGGCUGCUCUCUCUGACUGAAGAAUAUAAAACUUUAGUAAACAACAUUACUAACCAGUCUGAGUCUAGACCCAAUUUGAUUAUACUCUGCAAUAAAUGGGAUGACACCAUUAUAAAUCAUCCCUGGUAUUGUAUUUCACACCAGAUUUUUAUUGAAACUGAUUGCAAAAACUAUCAGCCAAUGCAAAUAUAUGCUGGGCCUCUAUAAGCCAAUGUCAACCAAUGAUAUCUUUACCCAUAAUUCCAAGCUGUGAUACCUAUCUAAGGGUUUUUGCCAAGCUCAUACUAAGCGAUAUUUUUGAGCGCUUUCUCUUUGCAACCCUCAGGUGGGACUUCUUAUUAUGCUGACUAAGUUGAGGGCAAUGACAAUGAAAUAGCCGGCUGCAUUGGAGCAGUAUUGAACAGGAAAAAGUCUGCUCAGGCUCCCGUGUUACUGGCUUGUUUACAGCUUUUGUUGAAACUACAAAGCUCCUAAGUGCAAAAGUGCUCUGGACCUUGUGCACGCCCUAUUAGGUGUUAGUCACAGUCGGUGAGCUUUCGAAAUUGCUUCAUUUCUGUUUCGAUGACGUUGGGCUGGCCCAUCCGCUCUAACAAGCCACUCUGGAGUUGCUCGAUUGUGGGGCUUAUGCAGGGUCCAGCAGGCAAACUGUUGAGGGCUUGAGUCUUUUAUCUUUCUCUCCUGAUACCCAUUCUUUACUGCCGUGCAACCCACCAUUGACCCUAUGGGCCGAAAGGAAACAUUGAUGUUCUGCAAACAAGCUGCGUGCUGGGAAUUUAAGUUUUUCUUCUGUUGAGGUGAAUUUGAUAUACUAAAACCCGCUGAUGCCCAGUCAGCCUGAGCUAAACCUGCAGGUUUCGCCAUUCUCCAUUUACUCACUAUUGUUAAACAUGAGGACGAAGCGACAGGUUUGAGCCAAAUUGCCACAGCAGAUUGUGUUUUUAAAAAAAAGUAAAAUCAAAUUCAGCUAUUUAAAUAUAAAAUGCAGCCAUGUCCAAACACAAUUCCCCUUCUCACUAUCUCUGCGGCCCAUGUGCUGAUAAAGCCCCCAUCCUCAUCACCUCUCUCCACCUCUAUCUCUCCCUGCAUCCACUCCUUCACCCCGACUGGCCCUGUCACUGAAAUAUGCGACGGUUUGCAGAUACACAGCGUGCCUUGCAGGCGGUGGAGCGUCUCCAGGCCAAACUCAAGGAGCGGGGGGAGGUGCCCACGGAGGAGAAGCUCAGCCUGCUCAAGUCAGUGCUCCAGAGCCCCCUCUUCCACCAGAUCCUAGCCCUGCAGAAGUCUGUGCAGCAGCUCAGAGACCAGGUAAAGCUUCAGUUGAUGUCUUUGCAAUUACUCAUAUCAACGGGACCAUUUGAAGCAAUAAAAGCUAUGUAGGUUUUAUUUGCUUGUAAACAGUGCAAUAGCCAUAAUUGUCAGCUUAACUAGGCCUGCAAGACUGUGAAGUUGUGAAAUAUGAAUAACCAUGCUGGGUACGGGAGACUCUGGACUCCCAGAAAGCCAAGCUAGCAUGCUGAAUUAUAAAGGGGGUGCAAGGUUAUGGUCAUUUGGAGGACUGUAUUAACAAUGUAUGUGUAUAAACUUCCAACAUGACAGAUGGUACCAGGAAACUUGUCCAUUUCAAAAGUCAUAUAAACAGUAGCAGUCAUUUUGGAUGAGAAGUAAGGGCUAAUUUGUUUGUUUUUAUGGCUAUAAUGUUGGCUGAGGAGGGGUAGCAUGGUGACAUGUUGAUGUUCGAGAUAACACAGGGCAAUUUGGAAGUCAGAGACUCAUGUGAAUCAAUCUGGACAACAAUUUUUAGAGGACAUAUAUUCAAGAAAAUGUAUGAGUUUAUCCACUAAAGUAACAUUUUGUGUCAUUUUUGAAAGUUAUAUUUUGGUCCUGCACUAAAACAAACAACUAAAGUAACUUUGAGUCAUUUUUAAAAGUUAUAGUCUAGUCCUGCACAAAAAACAUCCCAAAUAUCUUUUUGAGUAGUUUUUGAAAGUUAUAUUUUAGUCCUGCACAAAAACAAACAACUAAAGUAACUUUUUGUGUCAUUUUUGAAAGUUAUAUUCUUGUCCUGCACAUCAAACAAACAACCAGGUGUCACAUUAACCUCAUUUUACCUCUCUCCACAAGGCAAGGUAGGGUGUAUGUUAACAUAUAAGUAUGCCUGUGUCGUCAAAAAUUGGGGAAAUGGUUUCUGUUCUCGACUGUCUUUUCACAAAUGUAUUCUGAAUCCCAGCAAGGACUGAGCAAUAUGAGUUUGUCCAAAUUAUAUGUCGUCAUUCGAAAUGAAGGUAAUUUAUUCGAACAAAUCUCAUCUCAGUGUUUCCCCGCUUAGCUGCAGUGGAGAAAGAGCCGCACAAAGACAGAGUUUUGCUCUAAAAAGUCCGUGCCCUUGGGAAGAUGCCCAUUUAAUUACACUAAUUCAGCAUAUUGAAGCCUCAUAACUGGUUUGGCUGAACUUUUGAAUGCAUUAUUGCACAGAAAGUAGACUGUGGAAUCACAUUAGGAAGGGAGCUCUCAACAGCUGGUACAGAGAGGAAAAACAACUACAGCGAGCAGUAAUGGUGCUGAUGAACAUAUGGGCAUGUUAAUACUGUUUUAAGAGUGAAUAAUGCACAGGGAUCUAUUGUCAGUGUCCAUAGGAAAAUCACAACAAAAUCCAGAGGAAGAAUACAGCUCACAACCACAGGAAAGGUUGGAAAAAGAUCGCUUUCACUGUAAUCUUGACUGUUUCCCUGGUAACCUCACUGAUUCAGAUUUUGGCUCAUGUCAAGACACAAGUCCUCACCCACUUUCAAUCCUCAUCCCCCAGUAGUGUCUCUGCCACAGCAAAUUCGCUGUCAGGGUUCACACAAACCAGAUAUAAUAUGGGAACAUGAGCAGAGAUAGUUGGUCCAAGUCAGGGACUUCUUUUUUAGGCUGAUUCUGUCCAUUGAGAAUUGAACAUUUAAGUGGAAGGAAAGAGCUCUUAAGUCAGAGCGGAGAGGGGGCCAGGGUAAGCGUUUGAGAAAUAGAGACGGAAAUAUGUGAGCUAUGCGGAGGGAGGCAGGGAUGCUGGAGCUUUUUUACCCCUUGUGGAAUUUAGAUUAUAAAAGCCCUGCUGGCAUUUUUGUGUGCAGGCGAUUUAAGCUUAUUUCAAAAAGAGGUGCAUUCCCGAGUGUGUGUGAUGAUGCAUGCUUGUUUAACUAAGCCAAAUUUAUCAAGCAGUCUUUUAUUGGAAAUAUCCCUAAGAUCUCAGAAAGGUUUCUCCCAUGCUGAAACAAUGGUGAGGUACAGGGAGGUAUUUCAGAAGCUGCAACAAGUCUGUAUAAUGUUUUAAUAGAGUGUCACUGCACUUGCUUGGCCCCUUCAGUAGAACCAAUUUGGAGAGUGUGUGUGUACUGGGUUUUGUUUCGAGACAAGUGCCAGACGCAUAAACACAGACACACACUGUCCGUCAUUCUGGCUCUGCUAGUUAGGCCUUGCAUAGUCCGUGUCGCUAUGGCGACAAGGCCCCCACUCCUCCAAUGAGAAAGAGGCCGCUGUGUGAAGUGGGGCAGAAACAAUUUCUUAAAUGUGCAAGAACCAAACUGGAACUUUAAUCCUCUUAGCCAGGCCCCAGCUAACAAAGCUCAUGCAUGAGGACAGCAACUUAGCAGCAUGCUACGCUAACUUAGCCUGACCCUGAGGGUUUUGUUUGCAGAGUGCUGCCCUAAUGUGUCCUGUCCUAUAGACUGUUGUGUCUCACGGGUAAUCUGGAGCUGUGCUGAAAGGAGGCAGACUUUACAGCCGCGUACCCCGAAGAUCUGAAAGUUGUGCAGUUCUCUCCUGUAUGUAUAUGCACGAGUUCACAAGGACAGCUUUUGCUUGGCUGUGCCAUAUGCCAAAUGGACUGCUUAGGAAGUUAUUGCACUGCAUAAUGUCUGUCCUUUUGAAUCCAAUUCAGAUGGUCAUAAAUGUUCUGCCCUUUGGCUAAUGAAACCGGGGAAACACUGUUUUAUGUAGUUGUAGCUUUCAUGUAAUUCAUCUGUCACACAAGUAAAGUCAUCGCAGUAAUUAAAACCCGAGCUUAUUAAGGCAUCCAGAUGGCUAGCGAUGCUUCCCCCCACCCCAUGAUGGAAAUAUUGUAUUUGGAGUCGAGUCAUUGUUGGAACAUCAGCUGAGAGCCAUUAUCUCCUGAAGGAUUAGGCUGCCAUGGAUCCAGCUAAUCGUGCUGGGAUAACGAACUCUCUGGCAUCCCAGUGGCUUCGCGCAAACCACACUUCAGGGUUUUGGUGUCCAAAUUAAAUUUGCUAAAUUUAAACAUUAGCUGUGGUGGGUUUUGUUCCAAGUUUUAAUUGUAUUUGGUUGGAUUACAGCCAGAAGUUGCGGCUCUCCGAGGAGGAAUUUUGCAGACAUUGGAAGCUGCUAUGCAGCAGCAAACUGGAAACCAAAAAUGCAUCUCAUCUUUGAUAUUAUUUAAUGCUGGCAUCAAAAGAAUCACCUUCAUAAUGUUUUACUCUUUUGUUUUCAGGGGACUGUUCCUGUGACACGUGCAAGUGAUCUAGGUGAUCAUGUUGCUGCGGUCAAACCCAACGGCAGCCAUGUUUCCUACUCAGAUACUCCAGCAGCUGCACACAUCAACGGCAAGACGGUGUCGGAAGACUUUGACCGCCUCAUACAGUCCAUGGCACAGGUACGCACAGCUGUAAAGUGACAGCAAUCAUCAAGCUUUCUUUACUCUUCUUUUGGAAGGCAAACAAAGUGACAUUUCUCUCAGUCGCAACAAAACUAUUCUGUUGUUUUUAUCUUUUUUUCAAAAGGUAGAUUACCUUGAUAAAGUUUGUCUGAACUUGAAAGAAAUAUCCAGAGAGUUGAAAACGAGAACUACAGACUACCAGCUGAGUUCUUGUCUCUUGAGGCACUACAAAUAGACUUCUGAAGGCUGCUUGUAGCUUUGAUGCUACAGUGAGUCUGCAUGCAGCCGAAUAUUAUACACUCCACGUCUGUUUGAUCUAGGGGCGCUACGUCACACAUGUGGACCUGCAGAAGCCGGUGUCAGGAGGUCUUGGCUUCAGCGUGGUGGGGCUUAAGAGCGAGAAUCACGGAGAGCUGGGCAUCUUUAUCCAGGAAAUUCAAGCAGGAAGUGUGGCGCACUGGUGUGUAGGAAUCAACAUCAUUAAAAAAAUCAAAACAGAGACGAGGCUUAACUCUCAAAGGUUCAGCAACCAUCUCUUUUACAAUGUUCUGAUGUGUUUCUGCUUCUUUACCCGACAGUGAUGGGAAGCUCAAAGAAGCUGACCAGAUCCUAGCCAUCAAUGGCCAGGCUCUGGACCUGACAGUGACCCACCAGCAGGCGAUCGGCAUCCUGCAAAGUGCUUCAGAGAGGGUGCUGCUCACAGUGGCAAGAGGACCUAUACCUCAGCUGGCCAGCCCUGCAGUGUCCCGCACUCCUUCUGCUGCCAGUACACUCUCUGCUAACUCUGGUGCAUUACAGGUACUUGUCCUCUCAGGAACACAGUCCUCUUUUAGGUCUGUUUAACACGCACAAGCCUGCCAGAAUAUCACUUUUACAUUUCAUGUCACAUUCACCCAUUCACGUUACAGUCACACGCUGAUAGCAGAGGCUGCUAUGUAAAGCGCCCGCCAGUGUUAGGUAAUCCCAUUCAUCCACAGCCGGGGCUCAGCCAGCAGAGGUGGUGUAGGUUAAGCGUCUUGCUCAAGGACACUGGCAUGUAGAGAGGUGGACCUGGGAUUGAACCCCGACCUUUUGAUCGAGGAACGGCUGAUCCACAGUCAAGCUGAUAGUGACACAGAUUGCCUGUCUCUUUGUCCUGUGAUGCCUGUCUUCUACCUUUGUUAUACACUUGUUGUGACUCUAUUUGGUCACUAUUUUGACCCUGUUAAAUCACUUUUUUAUCUUUGUUUCAUCUAUCUUUCAUCUCAGUUUCAUCACUUUUAUCUUUGUUUAAUCCUUGUUUUGUCUCAGUUUCAUAUCUGAAACAGUUUCUGUUUCAUCUCUGCUUCACCUCUCUUUUAUCUGUUUCACCUCUGACUCAUCUCUAUUUUAUCUCUGUUUCAUCUCUGAUUCAUCUUUGUUUCAUCUCUGUUUCAUCUCUGUUUCACCUCUCUUUCAUCUCUGUUUAACCUUUGUUUCGCCUCUGUUUCACCUCUGUUUUUCUGUUGUCAUUUUCACCUCCAUUUUGUUUCUUUUUUUAAUCUCUAUUUUGACUCCUCUCUGCCUCUGUUGUGUUUGUUUUGCUACAGUUACCAACUUCAUCGCUCGCUCAGAGGCAGAUCAGCUUUAUUUCACCUAUAAAUGGUUGUGAGGUUUUGUCAGUUCUACCUUGAACAGACACUAUAAAGGGGUUUUUAUCCAAUAAAGUCAGUGGCAAUUUUUACAUUUAUUUACUUGUAGUCAGUCAGACAAUUCCAACACUGAACUCUUAAGAAAAUCAGAGUGGUUUAAACGCCCACCCCAUACGCAGCGACUGCAGUCCUUGUCGCACUGUUGCAGGAUCGAUUACUGAUUCCUCCUCUCUCUCCCCACACGUCCUGUCUCUCUCAAGCUGUCUUGUCAAUAAAAACAUAAGUCCAAAAAAGUAACUCAAGAAUAAAACAAAAAGUUUUCUUGCUUUUCUUCUUUUACUAGUGGCAGCAUGUAGAGACAAUCGAGCUAGUCAACGAUGGCACAGGUCUUGGCUUCGGUAUUGUUGGAGGAAAAACCACAGGGGUUAUCGUCAAAACAAUCCUUCCUGGAGGCAUUGCUGAUCAGGUAAAUAUAUAUCAUCUACUUAUGCUGUAUUUUGAUACACCCUCUGUGUUGUAGGGAUGACUCAUUCAGAGUGAGUGAGAUGAGUCAUUUGUUAGGAGCUGGCAGUCUUUAAGUUGUAGAUUUUUACCAAUGUUGCACCAACCAGAUUAAAAAAAAACAUGUUAUUUUUCUACCUCAGGACGGCCGCCUGCGCAGCGGAGACCACAUCCUGAGAAUCGGAGACACUGACCUGUACGGCAUGGGCAGCGAGCAGGUGGCACAGGUUCUCCGGCAGUGCGGCAACAGGGUGAAGCUGAUGGUAACCAGAGGUCCCAUAGACGAGGCUCCCUCUGUCUCUGCUGUCAUGCCUGUCGCUCUCCCCACUGUCACUGAACAACAGGUGAGAGGAGAGGUGUCACUUCAUUACCAAAAAUAGUGAUGCUGUUUCUCUGUAACAAAUCACCUCAAGCAUAAUUGAUAAGAACAGGUACUCUGAGUCAAACACUUUCAUCAAAAACAUUUCAGAGCUAAAGUGCAGCUUUUCAUCUCCACUUUCAUUCUGUCUUAUGCUUGACAGUCUGAAUCAAUGGAAUAGAAAGAGUCGAAGCUCGCAUUACUCAUGACUCACACUUUGGAGAGUAGAUAUUGCUUUACUUUCUCAGAAUUUCAUGGUUAUUUUCAACACUCAGUCCUACUUAAGUCUGACUGAAUUCCAGUGACUCACUUUCUGAGCGACAAACUCCAUAUUCUGUUCACCGCGCAGGAGUUUUUCGCGGCUGACAUGUUCAGAUCGCUCAUUAUUAAAGUUGAAAAGUGUGUUUUGCUGUGUAGUCAAAUGACUGAGUCAGCUGCUGCUGCUUUCAUGCAGUUAUCAGAUUGUGUACCUGUCAUCGGCUUUCAUCUUUUCACAGGGAUACGAGGACGAGGAGGCUGAAGCUUUUGACGUCAGCCUCAUGAAGAACACACAGGGACUGGGGAUCACCAUCGCUGGAUAUGUUGGAGACAAAAACUCAGGUGAGAAACAGGAGAUUCGCUUUGAUAAGCUACUCAAUUUUGGCUUCGUUUGAGCCCAGCAAACCGAGCAUGUUGACAAUUUUACUGAGAUCAGAAAAAGCUUGCUUGCAACAAACUGAGAUAUCUGUUUGCAUUCUCCUUUUAGUCUCAUUCUCUGUCCUGAUUCAUUGCAACUCUUUUGUUUUUGUGUUUUUUUGUUUAGAGCCCUCCGGUAUUUUUGUCAAGAGCAUAACAAAAGACAGUGCCGUGGAUCAGGAUGGACGUAUACAUGUGGGAGACCAGAUAAUAGCUGUAAGUAUCCUUCAAAUGACUUUUGUAACUAACACUAUUUUCUCUAUGUUCAUUUGCACGAGAAACUGUUGACAUGAAACCGUUUUUACGCACAAAACACUUCAAAGUGUUUAAUUUUAUGACUGUAGGACUUUAGAAAUGAAGUGAAAAUGUUUGUAAUUUCUUGCAUCACUGAAGUUCGACUGGUGUACCCAGUAGGACCCACUUUAGGAAGUAAUUGACUAUGACUCUUUAAAAGUGGGGCACUUUUUUCAUACUCAGUGAUCUUUAUGUACAAGGAGCAUGCUUAAUUAUAUUCAAAUACAAACCUUGUAGUAAAGUGUAAAUGGAAAAUUCGCCCCCUCCAGUUAUCGCCCCCUCCAGGUUGAUGGGGUGAACAUCCAAGGAUACACCAACCAGCAGGCAGUGGAAGUGCUCAGACACACGGGCCAGACAGUCCACCUCAAGCUGAUCCGGCGGGGCUUUAAACCCGAGGAGAUCCCCCCUGUUGUGACCCCCGUCGUCACAGUCCUGCCGCCCUGCACCACCAUCCCCACCACCACCGCCGUUAUGAGGGAGCUGGAGCUGGAAAGGAGGAACGCAGAGGAGUCACUUCAAGGUAAGAAAGAGAGAGCGACGGAAAUUUAUGAGAAUAAACAAAACAAAACAAAAAAACAACCACCCACCACUCCUCAUCUUUUGGAGUCAAAUCAUGAAAAACAAACAAAGGAAGUAUUCCUCUUUUAUAAAUAGAGUGCAACUUCUCAGACUCAUCAUCAUGAUAUUUCUGAAUUUGCUGCAGAAAGUGUAUUUGUUGAUAAAUGUUCACGUUGUUUAAAACUGGCCUUGAUAAGAAAGAGUUGCGCAUUUUUCUCCUGUUUGACACUUCAACCUAAGAGCACUUUUAGAGUAAGUACGCCCACAUUCACGACUGACUGAUAAUGAGUCCCAGAAAACAGCAGUAUCUACAAACAUGAAAAUUUGUCAUACAAUUCCCGUUCAGUGCUUCUUUUUUCCCUCGUUGAUUACACUGACAGAUUAAAAUACUGGCUGGACAGACCUUUGACUUUUCCCGAUAAAUGUUAACAUCGCUUUCCCAAAAACUCAAGACAUUUCAUGGUUCUUGACUCGAAAUAUUACUCAUUUCCUCAGGUUAGGGGAGUAAAAGCUCUCCCUAAUAGAAACAGUAAGAUAGUGCGUAUUCAGUUGUGCAAAAGCAUGUAUUACUCAGCAUUUGACGAGUCUAACAUUUCAGCGACAUCUGAGGUUUGUAUGUUGAUGCUACAUGAUAUGCUUAAAGUUUUUCUUUUUUUGUGUGUAUGUGUAAUAGAAACAUCAAACUGAGAGUAAACACCGAGAUUCUCAUCUCCUCUGAACUGACGGGACCUCCAGGCUAUUGCAAAAGUAGUCGAUCGUGAUGGAUGGAUCUUGAAAGGGAUUAGAUUUGGCAGCAGGAGGUUGUUACUCAAAAAAAAAGUGAAAAAAAAAAAUGCAAGGAAAAAUAGCAGUCAGUUGCUCCAACACAGAGAAAGGCUGGAUUUUUCAAAGGUACUGUGAGGUCUAAAAGUCAAGAAAUUUGAGCGACUCACCCAUUUAAAACUUAGGAUAAUAAAAGUUGAGGAAAGAGUGACAGCACAAAUGAAAAUAACCCUUGAGCUCUCUUGGAGGAGAAAAUCGAAAGUCUGUGUGACAACUAGGAUAUAUUUGACGUAAUCUUUAAAUAAGAGGUAAUGGAUUUGGUUAACAAAGUUUUAAUUGGUCAUUUAAAGGAGAGAAAUUACCUCGAAGGUAAAUUGUUUGUUAAGUCAGUGUCGACUUCCCCUCAGAUCGCUGACUAGUGAGAAUUAGUUUUAUGUUUGCACUCGAAAGGUGCUGAUGUACAGUGUGGACAGUGGCUCGCUGACAGCAUGGGUAGUAAUUUCAUGGGUGACCAGUUCGGUGCCCUGAGGAACUCCGAAGACAUAAACAGUGGUGUGAAGUACUAAAGAAAGCGCCGGGAUCAUUAAACAGAUAUCUGGAGUCCUUGAAUGUUUAUAGACUGACUUUAUGGAGAACAUCAGCGAGUUCUGCAUGUCCUCCUUUGACCAAUUGGGGAAUAAGAUAGUUCUUUGUGUACUGUAGUAAAAGGUUUAAUGAUAAAGCUGGAAAUGCGCGGCUGUAAUUGUGGAAUGUUAAAUCAAGUAACUAAUACCAGUGCAUGUUUGAGUAUACCUGUGUGCUGAUACUGGAAAGGAGAUGCCUUUUUCCGAUGGCCCAUACUGUCAUGUGUCUGUGCCGCUGCCUGCUUCUGUCUAUCUCACCGUCCAUUGUGUGUGUUUGUGUGUGUGUUUUUUUUACAGUCACCACAGAUGAAAAGGUGCCCCAGACAAAGGGUGAUGGAUCGGAUGUCAGUCCGGCCAUGGAUCACCUAACAGAAGACAAACAUGGUAGGAAGGCCGGGGAUUCUCCUUUAAGUGCACCAGCAGGGAUACUGGGCACACAUCUGACAGAUAAGGGUUACUGUUGUCAAGGCCACACUGACAGGCCAAACACACAGUGAAGAAAUAGAGAGAUUGGCGCCGUCAGGAACAGACAGCGCAGUCGUUUAAAAAUUUUAGAAGGCUUCGACUGCGUGAGUGAACACCUUGUAAAUAGUUAGAGAUUUCAAUAGGAUUGCUGCCGAAGAUUCACCGCUUUAUGUCGUUUGGUAUGAAAAUAAUAUAUGUUAUAUAUUUGUGUUUUCAAAGGGAUGAAGCUUACAGCCUUUGAGGAGGAUGAACUUAUGAAGAAGUGGCAGGAGAUUCUGGGUCCAAGUAAUGAAGUUGUUGUAAGUUUAUUCCCUCACAAACACUCCUGGGCAGGGAUGUAUGACACUCUAAUUCAUGUUUAAAAGGUAAAGCACUUCUCUGAUCAUUUCAAAUGAAAAAUGUGUUUGUUUUGUACAAAAGGUGGCCCAGGUGGAGAAAUACAGUGAGAGCAGCGGCCUCGGCAUCAGUCUGGAGGCCAACAGCGGGCACCAUUACAUCCGCUCUGUCCUACCUGAGGGACCGGUCGGCCGCUGUGGCAAGCUGUUCAGUGGGGAUGAACUGUUAGAGGUAUCUGAUCCCUUCAAUCAAAGAGGACGUUUAAUUUUAAAACUGUGGAUACAGCAGCAGCAGGGAAACCAAUCUCAGGACCCAUCAGCAACCGCCAGAUGAUGAUUAAGUCUUACACUUUUGGACACUUGGCAUUCCUAAAUUCAGACUCCCUCAUACAGAUUCAUUUUUAUUCAAAGUCUUUAAAUAGUGAACUGUUACUGCCUUGAUAUUUGAGUUAAAGCCAAACUUUUUAUUGUGUGGUAACAAACGUUUACUUUUUGUGUCGCAGGUCAACGGCAUAUCCCUGAUUGGAGAGACCCAUAAGGAAGUUGUGAGAAUCUUGAAGGAGCUUCCACUCUGUGUAUUCAUGAUCUGCUGUAGGCCCGCCCCUCACCUGCAGACUGACAUGGAUGCCGUCCAACCAGAGACCGAGGCCUUGGCUACAACGCCGUCAUUAAAGGUAAUCGAUUUUUUCAGACUUAUUUUUGUCAUUUAUCACCAUGAAUUUGAUGUUUUUGUUAAUUUAAAAGAAUUUCUUGUACCUUUACAACUCAUCAGUAUUAUCUCUGUCGUUGAUGGGUUUAAUUUUAUAUUGUAAAAUGAACCUUUUUUUAUCAAGGUCAUGACAAUUAGAAGACUUUUAGUCUUGCAUGUCAUGACAACAGUGACAGUGGAGUUUGCAUUUCUUCCAAAUCCAUACAUUUCUCCAGAUUUUCUCAAGUCAUUUAGGGAUUUUUCAGAGUUUAACUUUUAAACUCUCCCUUGGCUUUUACAUUUUCAGCAAUGGAUGAAGAUUCAUUGAUAACCAGGGAAUUAUUGAAAGUAUAUUACAACCACUUCUAGUAAGACGUCAGCAGCAGUAGCCAACAGCAUUUGCUUGAGAUAUGAGGCAUCAAAAGCAGCUUCUUUGAGAAAUAGUUUCUCAUCUCUCCAGCCUUAUCGUUGAUAAUGUACUAAAGCCCGAACAUCCCAAAGAUAUUUCCCUUUUAUCCUCUGCCAGAAACCUGAGCCAGAGACACAACUAGAGGCGAGCAGCCUCCGGGUUGGGAGUGAAAAGUGAGGAAGGCAUGCUGUUACUCAGAGAUUUCUGGGCUUUUUCCCCUCAGCAGAAACAAACAGACCUGAGCAGUGUGCUGGUUGCUGAAGGCUCAGAAGUAAAUGCAGCAGCGGCGGUGGCAGCAGCAGCAGCGACACAGGAUAAUGUCACAGAGGAGGUGAUAGGAUCUCCUUUGGCGAUGUGGGAGCUGGAGAUCCAGAAUAUCGAGCUUGAAAAAGGAGAAGGGGGGUUGGGAUUCAGCAUUCUGGACUAUCAGGUAGGAUUUAGAGCAUCCAUGAAAACGUGUGACAAUAUUAAACCCUCUAUAAACGCACGUGAAAGUAUUUUAUGAUCAUCCAUUAUUUUCCUUUUGAUCUCAAUGUGUUUACCUGUUGACCUUUCCUGGUCCCUCCCCCGCCACAGGACCCUAUGGACCCCGCCAAGACUGUGAUCGUGAUCCGCUCCCUGGUUCCCAAUGGUGUAGCCGAGCAGGACGGCAGGCUGUUGCCAGGAGACAGACUUAUGUACGUGAACAGCACCGACUUGGAGAACGCCAGCCUGGAGGACGCCGUCCAGGCCUUGAAGGGGGCCAAGCUCGGCAAGGUGCAGAUAGGAGUUGCCAAACCUCUCCCUGUAAGAAUAAGCAUCCGUAUUAUGACUUUUCCUCGCUUUAAACCUGAAUAUUGCAGGUACAAUGUGGCUUAUAUGUGGGGGUAGAGGGAUAAGGAUUCUCUGCAUACUGCUUGUGGGAUUUCUGGUUAAAUUUGCAGCAUGUCAGGGAUUUAUCACUGCAUGUAUGUGCGGCUGUGAGUCAGGGCUCUUUUGAAAUCAUGCAACUUAGUAUUCAGUCAUGAGGUUUCGGCUUACGAGGGCUUGAAUUUUUCAUGCGGGUAAAAAGAGUCGCUUGCAUGGUUAAGCUUUCCACCCACUGUUAUUCCAGGAGGCGGCCUCUGCCUAAAACGCCCCCUAUACCCUUUUGUUUCGCAUUAUGAUGUGAUUGAACUUUCCAAGAGCGCAAACUCCGCUGUUACACUUAGACACACCGAGGCACCCAUCAAAAUAUUUGCUCACUCAAACUGCUUGUUCAUCGCUCCAGGCACCUGCGCUCUGCAGAACUUCUCGCAUUCUUUCAGCUUUAGAGACGAAUUUCUCUCGUAUUGAACCUGCCGUGAGACAGUGAGACCUCUGGGCCGCUAAGGCUAGCUGGAUUACAGAGCUGUAGGCAGGAAGUCUCCGCGGAGUUAACUAACUCUCCUGCAGGAUGUGGAAUGUGCUUCUCGGGGAAGUUUUAUUGUAUUGCCUCCCAAGACUGAGUCUUACAAGCGCAAACCUUCAAGUGUGCUUUUCUUUCAUUUCUUAUAGCUGCUGCCUGGGCUGCAUGCUACACUAAAUCAAUAUCAAGAGCUCCAAAAAUACACGUGAAACGCUCAAGGAAUUAAUCCAGCAAAGUCAAAAAAAAUGUGCCUUUUGAGUGUUUUCUCUGCUUGUGCCGCAGGAUCAAUGCUUAACUCUAUAGUUAGUGUUGAAACCCCUUCUCUAACAUCUUUUUUUCCAUCCCACACUAACUUUGAAGUGCUUGAUUUGGGCGCAAAACAAAAAAAUCUAUUAACCUCAAGCUUGGAGACACUGAAAGAAUCUCUCCACUUUCCUAGGAUUUAGGAUAUUCCCACUCUCCACACCCAUAUGGUGAGCAGGAAAUUACUCCAUCAUCCACCAUCCAUUCCUUUGCCUUCAACAACAUUAUGGUUGAAGAAGGAGAGGAAGAAGGACUGGCUGAGGGCGUCGUUUACCGAGCUGAGCCUGCAUUGGUUAGUUAGCCUUUGGGAGAAAAAAAAAAAAACAUCCUGAGGAGCUGGAAAGAAAAAAAAAAUACUUUAAAUGCUCUUUUUUACUAAAGCGGCUUUUUUUGGUGCUUUUUUAAAAUCUAGUCCUGAAAGUCAGAAUGGAUAAAGUCCUCAUUUUAGACGCAUUUUGACGAUUAAUAGACAGGACAUCAUGCUAAUUUUAACUCUCUGUUAAAAUUGGGUGUAAAAAUAAUUAAGGCUUGUUUGUGUCACUGUCAGUUUGAUUACUUCCAUUCAUCCUGACAGAUUGACACCGCUGAAGCAGACCUGUCUGCUGAAAAGAGCUUGGAUCAUGCUUAUUCUGCCAUCGAGGAUGACACUUUCCAGGCAUCCAUGAUCGCUCUACAUGGAAGCGGGUGCAGCGCAGACCUGGACUUCCUGCACUCAUCUACACCCAAGGUAAAGUAUCUUUUAUUCUUUUACUACAGUUUCAGUUCAGAAUGAUUGAACCGCAUCAAGCGUUUCUUCUUUUUGUUUGGGCCGACUGUUUUUCUCAUGUUAAGAUGGAAGCUGCCUUUGUGGCUCUGAGUCCUGAGCAGCUCCUCAAAUAGGUAUGAAAUUAUAAGCAAGAUAAACAAACACAGUGAGGGGCACGCUUACUGUUUCCUGUGGCUGUGUGUACCUCCUGUUUUCCCAAAGGUCACUGCUGACCCUAUUUGAGGGGACUUUUCUUAGAAGUCUGAACCAUAAUGAGGCACCCUAGUGGGACAAACAUCGGCCAAGACAACUUUAGACGUUUAAUAUAACUGGAAAGGUUUGUAUGAGGUCAGACAGCUCCACCUGCUCGCCUUGAUGAACUGUUCUCCUCCCGAAGGCUUGAGAGAGAAGCUGCUGAUAAAUCUCAGCUCUACUUUACUGACAGUAAAUGGCAGCUCAGCUUUCCAGACUUGCUGACAGUAUCUAAGGUGAUAUAUAUUUUUUAAGGAAUAUGGAUGUUUUGUUCCCGUCUGGUCCAUAACUGUUUAUGGGACAACAGUGUAAAGGUCAGCAGGGAGUUAAAGAUCAAACAAGCUCAGUGAGCCCCGCAAAGUCGGCCUCCAACGCCACUGUCGAUGAAACACUGACAGCUUCUUUUUCUCGUGAUUGCGGUGAUGGAUUGCUGGCUUGCUACUUUGCUUUCUGGUUGUCUGGCUUUGAAAAGAGUUAUUCAUGUGCACACAGAGCGGUUUUUCUCUCCAAGGCUAAAGUAAAGUUUAUUUUAGAUAUUUUCUUGUACUUUGGUCUUACCCCUGUUCUCAGGAAACUUAACCCUAAUACAAAAAAAACAUGAUAAAUGUAACAGACCAAACCAGUCCAUGAUUUAACUAUUCAUUACAAAUGGAUUUGAUUUCAUUUCAUUUGAGUAAAAUCUGUGAAAAUGCCCUUUACAUGAAAACUCCCUCCUAGCUAGACUAUGUGUGUCAUUAAAAUUUCUCCUAGUAGGGCUGGGUGAUAUGGCUUCAAAUCAAUAUCACGAUAUAUUGAGCAGAUCUCCUCCAACGAUAAAUGGACAAUAACUACUCCACAAGUUCCUCACCCCCUCCCACAUUAACUUUGUCUACUUCAGACGCUACAACUCUUAAAACCGUCCUCCAUCUCCUCACCUGUCUUUCCCUCUUUGUUACGGACUGGAUGGAGUGGAGUCACGUCUCUGAUGUAGGACAGCAUCUUAUAGGGACAUGAGACCAUAGCCUACCUACACACAUCCAAAACCAACUUUUAUGUAUUUAUUUUUAUUGACACAAAAUAUACCAAUAUGGGCAAAAUGACCUUGGUUAUUGUCGUAAAUUUCAGUAUCAGUAAAUUUUCGGUUUGUCGCUCAGCCCUAACUCCAAGUAAUGUGGUGAACACUACUAAAGAGGGCUGAUUUAUCAAAGCCGAGCCAUUAGAUAGGAAUGAAAUGUUUUUGGUUUAAAGCAAACAAGUGACUCCCCUUAAAUUUGAUUUUUACACACUUUAAUGCCUUUCUUGUUUCCAUUUAAGUAUUCUGGGUGUUUCUUUUCAUUGACCCAUUUUGAAUAUUUACUCAGUUACGUUUCAAAGCCCAAUUCAUCCCUUAUUUAUUUCCCUAACUCGCUGAAAGAAGACCUCCCCGCUCUGUUUUAACUCAGCUUUGGAAGGCUGCAUAUAAAUUUGCAGAUUCAACCUUUUCCUUUAAGGUUUUUCUGUGUCAGGCUCUCGAGGGAAAGUGCUUGUUGAGAUUCAUCACCACUUUCUGCUUCGACUAAACUCCUAAAUGGAGUUGUGGUUAAAAAAAGCUCUCCAUUUGUACAUGGCAAGCUCAAGAUCCCCAGUAAUUUCUGCUGUUCUCUAUUGGCCACUGAUGGCUUUUCUAUGGCUCAUUACAAGGAGGGCAGGACGGCGACUGAGCGAGAUGAAUUCCCCCUGUUGGGCAAUUGUCUAUCUAACAGAGUGGAACGUUCACUCGGCUUGCUGUGCUUUGUUUUACCCCAGCUGACAGCUCGCCUCGACUUGUUGGAGGAGCGUCCCUGCUUUCCAGCAGCGUCUGGCCUGUCGGACGACACUCAGGCGUUCUCCGCGGAGAAGCCAGACCCAUUCACUCCUCCGAGUCUGAGAAGUCACAUCCCGGAUUUCAACGACAUACUGAGCAGUAAUGAUCAGUAUCUGGCACCACAUCCGACCAAAGAAGAACCGGCGGAGAGCUCAAACUCAUACAGCACAUUUGCUGAUGUCUCGGAUGAGCCUGUUGAGCCUCUUUCAUACCAGAAGGAGCCGUACAUGUCAUGUGGAGAUAUAAAGAUUUUAUUGAAGGUAAAACAAACUGUUGCGUCUCAUCUGUCUGUUUUAUGAAUGCAAAUCUGCUCGAGAGGCUUUCAAGACUAAAACGGAAGGGUGAAUUUUAACCUUCCUUUUUUAUUAAUCAGAUUGAAUUUGUGCAUUUGGGCCCGAAUGACUCAAACGAUGAUCACCAACGCUUGUUUAAUGAAGAUUAAUUUUGAUCUGUGGCCCAGAUUGAAGGAUUUCUGACAACAAAGACAAAAAUAAGCGAGCAAUCAGGGUAAAGUAAAACAUUGAAAUUGACUGAAUGGGAGUAGAAGUUUGAGAGAUGAGUGAGAAUUGAUAAUUGGCGUGCAGCAAACUCACAUUUAUUCUGUAAGUGAGUCAGAAAAACCACAAAAGUAUCCAGCUUGAUCUUCUUUCAAACAGAAUUUUUGAGUUAACUUUUGACCUCUCAAAAGUUCCUCCUUUCAAAUAUAUAAACAAAAGUUUGAAGCCGAUUUGUUUAGAAAUUAUUUCCCAUUCGCUACUCCUACCUUUUCAGUCGAGACCCCUGUUUUGUUAGGAAUUUGGCCGUCUAUCUUUCAUUCAGUCUGCCGAAUAACUGUGUUGAAUUAUCGCCCUCAAGGACGAGUACGUCGGCGCGAAAGAGUCAACAGAAGACUGUGACAAGGAGCCGCUGACCUCAGGGAGCAACUUUGAAAGGACUAUCACUGUUGUCAAAGGCAACUCCAGCCUUGGUUUGUGUUAAUCUCUUCAUAUUCCUUUAUUUGUGUCUCUAAUUUAUUUCUCCUCUGCUUUCCCUCCCAAAGAAGUGUAAAUGAGGCUGUGGGACUGAAAGGCGUACUGGCCUUUACUUCUGUGUCAUAUUUGUUAUGAAUGCCAGAUGGGAGGCAGAACAGUGUGGAAAAGAUUUUUUGGCUGUUUUCCAGUCUGAAAGGGUAACUUCAUAGCUGUACGGGGGUAUUUUGCAUUUCAAAACCCACCCAGGGAACUGCGACUGACUCUGAGAAUACUAAGUUUUACCUUUCGAAAACAAAUGGAUGUUGUGAAGGCACUGUUUAUAACCCGAAAUCCCUUAAUGAGAACCUUAUUUUGUUCGUCUUUCAGGCUUUAGAUUUCCUCCUUUUGUACGUACGACUGAAUAUUCUUUCACCAAAAUUUACUACAAAGUAGAACAUACUGCUUGUAUUCGGCGUUACUAUGAACUCCUGCACGCUCAAGCCUUUAAAGUCUAAAUAUAAAUAUUUGAGGCCAUGCUCUGAACUUAUUCCAUUGAGCAUAAAUGGGAAAUCAAAUCUGAGAGUGCUUUUUACUGGAGAGGAGAGGUUUCUUAUUCCGUUUCAGUGGGACAGACACUCCCCUUAAGUUUAGUUCAUUCUCUAUUUGCAGAAAAAAAGGUAGACUCUUCGCCCAGGGCUAUGAAUUUAGAAACUUGCAAUUUUAUUUUAAUGAAAGCAUCUAGGUGUUGGUAUUCUCGCAAAUUAAAGUUGUGAUUUAAAAAAGGUUCAUUUUCCAAGUAAAUAAAGCAGAAAUUGAACUCUGUUUGACUUAUUAUUUACAAUAAAACUGAGACUCACCAGAAACGGAUAAACCCAUGGUAUAUGGGUAUCUAAUAUUUUCAGCCCUGUCAUGUAUCUCCUCAUUAAAUUAAGUAAAAAUAAAGACUCUGUGGUUUGAAUUGAGUUAAAAUGUCUCCUUUAAUCUACCUUAAAGGGAUGACAGUGAGCGCCAUGAAGGACAGUCUGGGAAUGCUGGUCCGCAGUAUAAUCCACGGUGGCUCCAUCAGCCGCGAUGGCCGUCUUGGUGUCGGCGAUCUCAUCCUGGCCAUCAACGGGGAACCCACCGCCAACCUGACCAACGCUCAGGCGAGAGCCAUGCUGAGACGACACUCUCUGAUUGGGCCGGACCUGGGGUAAGAGAUGACUUGGCAGUGAUGCGUGUUCAUUAGAUGCUCACAAGCAGUUUUAAAUUUACAUCUUGAUAGUUCUGUGUAGGAUUACUAGAGAGGAUGUAACUUGAUUGUUUUCAAUUUACAAGAUGUGCAGGAAAUCUAGAAAAAAUACCAGUAGUCAGAAAAUCUAAGAUAUAAAUUCUGCACAUGGACUGUUUAUAGAGAUGGAGGAUGUAAACUUCAACAACAUUCAUGUUAGUGAAUAAAGAACACUGAUAUUGCAACUUAUUUGCAGCCAGUCACAAAGGGGAAUGUUUAAGCUUCACUUUUGGGAAUAUGUCAUGCCAUCUAUCUUUUUACAGUCUUAACCAGAUUCAGUAACAUUCAUGUUAAUGGAUAAAGAACACUGAUAUUGUGACUUAUUCUGCUGCUAGUUAGAAAGGAAAAUGUUUUAGCUUCACUUUUAGGGAUAUGUCAUGCCAUCCAUCAGUCUGAAUCAGAUCAGUCCAAUUGUCACUAAUCUCUCCACUCUGACAUGAUUCUACGUCCAUCAGUGUUUUCUGAUUCACUCUUCCUCCUUGUGAUGAAGUUUGCAAGCAUACGAAGCAGCUGAUUAAGACUUGGAGUAACGAUUUUAAAAUCAAGGCAAAUCUUGAAGGGUAAUCUGUGCUAAUCUGUAUUUACAAAGCCGAAUUUUGAAUUCUCUUUAUGACGACAGUGAGCUCUGGUUGGUACUGAGAAAGCAUACUGACUCUAUACUAAAUGAUACACUCAUUUCUUCGACUCUUGGCAGGCUGCUGUAUGUGUUUUGGAUUUGGAAGUUAUUUGCUCUGAUUCUGACGGUCUCAUUUGCUUCUUGAAGUCAGUUUUAUUUCAGUCUGUUUCUCAACCAGGUGAAAACUCCUUACAGUGAUGUUAAAUGCAUAACAAACUUAAGAUAAGUUUAUGUGUUCAAAUUGCAACUUUACUGUCCCUUGUAUUUCUUUCUAAAACCCAAUCAAUCAGGAUUGUUCAACUCACCCGGUGUAGCUUUAUGUUGCAUUCAGGGAGUUAUUAUUCCUCCCUAGUCCUGGUUUUGGUGUUUCACAAGUUCUGCUUGCUGAACUAAACGUGGCAGUUGUGUUAGCUCCGGUGCAUAAAAAGCCAACUCUUCACGUUCUAGAUCUGCUUGUGCACCCGAGGAAGAUCUGUGCCCAUUUUAUGUGUGAGUAUGACUAACUUCCACGCUGGUGGCGUUUCCUUUUGCAAAGAAGCUGCCGUCUUGGUUUCCCUUCCUUUUCGAUCCCUCCAUCUGCUUUUGGGCUUCAUCACAGUCUGUUGGAGAGUUUUAUCCAGACACAGAGAUAUAUAUCAAAAUAAAGUGUGUUUAUUUUGCAAAGUUGAUGACAAAUAUUCAUUGAAAUAAAAUUGGAGAAGACUUUUAACAUGAUUAAUUAACAUUUGUAAUCAUGCUUUAACUUUGUGUUUAUAUUGAUUAACUUGAAAUUCAAUGUAUCAUCGUUUGUUCCCAUCUUAACACACACACAGUCACAAUCAUAUCUGGAUAAAUCUUGACUGACUGCACCACUUCUUGACUAAACUUUGCCCGCCGAAUAACUGUUUUCCUAUUAUCCCUGUGACUAACAUCUGCACUUAUCAUCAGCAUGCUCUCUGUUGCCUUUUGCACCAUUAAUAACUCUCUUUUAUAACUCAGUGUUUUCAUUUUAAUCAUUGCUUUUUAAAGCUGCACCACGGCUCUCACAGCAUGUCAUGAUGUGCCUGACGCACUCACCUAUCUGUUUCAUUACUCUCCUUCAGUUCAUUUUUUCCUCCCCGUCUGCAUGCCACCGUGUUUACGAAAGCAAAUCAAGCUGUCUGUUUUUCGCUCAAAUGUGUUAUUGUGCCUGACAAAGACAACGUGUCUGUGAACUCUUUAGAAAUUGGACUUUAAGUGGGUGUCAUUUCUUUAAGUGAAUUAGUAACCUGCCCGUAAGGAAAAAAAGAUCACACACCCAUCAAAUUUGUCACUCUGGAGGUGAUUUGUUGAGAUAUUUAUGAAGGUAAACAAACAGUCAGAUGUCAGAUUAAUUACCCUAAUUGGGCUGAUAACAUGUUUUUUACAUACAGCACAGAACAGUGAAGUCUUGUAGCUCUAUAAAAAAGACUCUUACUUAGUGAAAAGGGAUAGUUUUACAGCUUUUAAACCCAUUUGCACUUAAAUGCGGGUCUCUAUUUCUGCUAAAUUAUCAGGUAGUGAACAGAGGCUUAAUUGCCCUUAAGGUUGCUAAUGGCUAGGAUGCCAAAUUGUGCUUUUAGAAAGAAGUGUUUGACUCCUUUGUUUGCAUGUGUGUCUGUACUGGUGUGUGCGUAUGUGGGUGUGUGUGCGUGUCCAGUAUCACAUAUGUGCCAGCAGAGUACCUGGAGGAGUACAAGGCCAGUCUCCAGCAGCCUACAGAUGAUGUCUUCUCUGAAACCGCUCCAGACCCAAAUCCGGCUCCAGUGUCAGCUCCAGCUGCAAAGUAUGAAAAAUCAAAUGUGUAAAUCCAGUUAUAGGUGUCGACUAGUAUGUUCGCUGGAGUUAACUCAGUGUGAAAUGUUUGAAAGCAUGUUUGCUGGCUUCAGUUUUCUUCUAACAUGCUUUUUUUGGCCUGUUUCCACCUUCUUAAAAGUUUUACUGCCACCAGCUGGCACACAGGGGUACAGCACUGAAAAAAGUUCACAGAAACUUGCUCAUAACAUACAAAAAUGAGUGUUUUUUUACAUAAGGACACUUUACAAUACCUAGAAAUAAAGUUUUUUUGUCAGAGUCUUUCCUUUUGUUAUCAUUUUUACAGAGAUAUUCCAAAUCUCCCUGAACGGGAAGACGGAGAAGGAGAGGAGAGCACGACUUACGGUAACUGGAACCAACCGAGAAAGUGAGUGCUCACGGUAUUUAUGCUUGUACUGAUCUGUGAAAACGCCUCAGAGGUAUGAUUUGAGAGUCUACAUGAAGCACAGGCAUGAAAAAGACAUUUGAAACCCCAUUUCAUUGAGCCUGAUUUUAUAUUUUUCUUCAGAGUGGAGCUCUUCCGAGAACCAGGAAAAUCCCUGGGGAUUAGUAUUGUUGGUGGUCGCGGGAUGGGCAGCCGUCUAAGCAACGGAGAGGUGAUGAGGGGCAUUUUUAUUAAGCACAUCCUGGAGGACAGUCCAGCUGGACAGAACGGGACCCUGAAAACUGGAGACAGGAUUGUAGAGGUGAAGAAACAGCAGUUUUUUUUUAUUUUUAUAGAAGAUUUUACUCAAUCAUGACACUUGAAACUUAAUCCAGAGUUCUUUCAUUGAAGUCUAGUAGUUUCAGAGAACCAAAAAACCCUGAGGAGAACAAAAAGAUCUUUUCAGUGUAAAAUUUUGGAUGCUUGACGGACUGUUUUCCUGCCCUCUCUUUGUUAGGUGGAUGGGGUUGACCUCAGAGAUGCCAGUCACGAGGAGGCAGUGGAAGCCAUCCGAAGGGCAGGCAACCCUGUCUCCUUCUUGGUACAGAGUAUUAUCCACAGGCCCAGGGUAAGUCUGUGUUUCACCAGCGUUUACUCGCAACUACCUCAUCACCUUAAGGUCACAUAAUUCUCAAUCUGAAGCCUUUUUCAUACAUAUUAAAGAUCCACGCUGGCCUUUUAGGGCACUUUCAAAAUGUACAAUGAAAAGCCCCCGCAGUGACUGAUUCGCUUUUGAAUUUUCAAAGAAGUCAUUUGAAAACCUUUUGUCGGAGCAACAACAAACCCCGCAUAUUAAAUACAUUAGCAACUUUAAACCUCGCUCAUUGAAAAUCACUGCGUCCGGAGCGGCGUUUGUUGUUUGAAAGUGCCCCGAGGCUUUUAAAGCAUGACUAAAUAGUUUCCUGCUAGGGCUGCAUCUGGCUUGGUUCCAGCGCAAGAUCUCACAUCGUCAAUCACUCUUUCGUGCAUGGUGAAGUAUUCCCACGUGCUUUUCCUUAAACGCUCUGGUUACUCAUCUUUAUGCCUUGUCGCAACUCAUAAUGUAAUGAAGCACAGGCAGAGGAGGGACACGAAGAGGGGGGGAAAAGAAUUCAUUAUUGCUUAAAAAAAGGAAUUAUGCUCAACUGUGGUGACUCAAUAUUCAUACACACACUAAGUGGUGUAAUAAUAUUGUUUUCAGUAAAACCAAGUGAGCAAUUAAGUCUGUAAAUCCACCAUAUGCUAUUUUCCUGACAGCUAACAGAAGAAGAGCAAAACUAGGAAUUAAGCUAUGAAGAAUAGAGGAGUAUUUAGCAGCUAUUAGCUCAACUUGGCACUUAACUGUCUUGGAGUGUUUGUGUAGACCAGAGAAAAAAGCUUCAAGUGCAAUAAACAAUAAUAUAUUCCAGCGUAAAAUUAAUUUAGGGUCAAACACACUGUAACACCGAGUUAGACACCCCAUCGAGAGAUGAAUGUUGCUGACCGCUUGCUUCUCUAGUUAAACCAACUUUAGUAAAGACCGCACAAUAGGAAUACACAGCAGUCUGAGGAGCCAUACACAAACCACAACCAAAACGCCACUCUAUAGCCACAAAUAAUGCUCAGAACAGCACCUAACUUCAUCAACAGUAUAUAUAGGGUCUUCGCCGUAGCACUAGCCACCAAACAUCUGUUUAGCUUUGCCUAAUUUCUUUAGCAAAGAGACUAAACACAACUCACCUACUCUCUUCUAGCUUGUUUGUAGCCAGACCUCAGGCCAGUCAAUUAUGGACUGCUGCAAGGAAGAACAUUUAUGUUCAUUACUUUAUCAUUUCCUUGAAGUAAUGAACAGCAUUAAUCAUUUUGCACUGCAGUAGUUCUUUUGCCUUAGCAUCUCGGUCUGAUUGCAUUUCCAUGAAGAAAUGAUCAUAAAUAUUCUCCCUUGAGCUGCGGCACCCCGCAGCAGUCCGUAAUUGACUUGCCUGCGGUCUCGCUACAAACAAGCGGCUGCUGAAAAAACUAGGUGAGUUGUGUUUUGUCCCAAAAUUAGGCAAAGUUAAAAAGAUGUUUGGUGGCUAGUGCUAUGGCUAGGACCCUAUAUGUACUGUUGAUGAAGUUAGGUGCUGUUCUGAGCAUUAUUUGUGGCUAUAGAGUGGCGUUUUGGUUGAGGUUUGUUUAUGGCUCCUCAGACUGCCGUGUAUUGCUAUCGUGCGGUGGAUACUAAAGUUGGUAUAACUAGAGAAGCAAGCCGUUGACUAUAUUAAUCUCUCAAUGGGGUGUCAACUCAGUGUUAAGGUGUGUUUGACCCGAAAUUAAUUUUACGCCGGAAUAUCCCUUUAACCUUUGAAUGCAGCCAAAGGUUCAAUCAUACCGCUGUUUGAGCAUUUGCUAACUCCUGCACCUGAAGGUUUGUUUGGCCUCAGUUCUGACAUUAUGAGUUGCCUCAAAUCUUUCCCUCUGUUCCUCUGCACCACUCCUCCAGCCUGAGUCGAUAUAUAGCCCAGCUCCAUCACCAGCCGUAAAGAAACACAUCACCGCUUUCACAUGCAUGCCACACGCCACAUGUCAGGUAAUCUGUCUCCCCCCCUCUUUUGUCUCCCUGGUUUCUAUUGCAUCAGCUAUCCAUCACCACUAAUCUUUAAGUUAUCUUUCCCGCCUCCUCUUUCUCUUUUGUCUUUCAUACUGUUAGCCCGGGCCCUUCUUCUUAACUGCUUCCUUGACUUUGAUACACACAUAAUGUGAAUGGAUAUAAAGACAGAUGGGAAUUGGAGAUGCCUUCUGGGAGAGAAAAAAAAAGGACCGGAGGUUUAUUUUACUGUCCUGGCUUCCUCGUCUGUUUUCCAUAACAGAAUAAUACAACCACAACAAUUGCAGGACCCUCUAUGAUGCUUUUAAUCAAAGGGGACAGCUAUGGGUGAAAUCCAAUUUGUCACCUGCAUCUGCAAGUGUUUCAGAAAACCUUUAUAAUGCUGAAGGUGUGUCAUCCAUGCUGGAUUCUUCAUACAGUUUAAUCAUGAGAGGUAAGGAAAUCAUGCCACCAUUAAAGGGAUUCCUCGGGGAAACAAUAAAAAGAAAAACAGGAGAUGGUUUGAACCUUGUGGCUGCAGGGUGGUUAAAUUAUUCCCUGUUUAUAAUCUAAGGAGAAGACGUCUUUUCAAAGUCUCUCAUUGCUAUAAAGCUCUGCUAAAAUUAAUAACAAUAGAGCGAGUCGUCUGAGAGUGUUAUUUUGAUUGGAUGUUGUGUCAAAAUGCUCGAGGCAGGUCAGUAACGUAGUUUUCAAGAGCCGCCACUGGGGGCCACCUAGAGAGUAUAAUAGCAUGUCCUCGCCAUUUCCUUCAAGUUUCCAAUCCCUUUCUUGUAAGCAGUGAAUAAUCUCCCGUUAGCCCGGAGGAAUCUCUAAAACAUUUUGUUAAAGCGUUUCAGAGAAAGAGCCUCGGCUCUGAUUUUUUUUUUUUUCUGAUGUGCAGGAAAACGGCUAUCCUCAAGGAAGCCGCUCGCUUUAAUGGUCUCUCAUUUCAAUAAAAAACCUGAGGUGCUGCCGGCCUCCACAUGCUCACCCUUUCAUUUUCCUUUUUUUUUCCUCCCAGAAAGCCUCUGAUUCAGUUCUGUCCGAAAGUCUGAGCCAUCUUAUUAAAUAUUUGUCAUGUUGUUGUCGGCUUGUUGGUCCCUCUUGUGUGUUGCUUUUAGAAGACGCCCCUGCCCUUUCUGAAGCUUAAUAGCCACUGCGGGUCGAGCCUUCGCUGCACUAAUCAAACCUACUUAGCUCCUGCCCUCCCUCAGGUUAGAAAGCUGCCCCUGUGUCUGUCUGCUUGUGUUUAUUUCACUUCCUCUUUGACUCUUUUGUGUUUAAUAAGAGAGACUAAGACAAAAGAAGCCUGGCCUGAGUUUGUUUUGGUGGUUUCAGUCUGUCUUUUAGAUUUCUACCGACAUGAAAAUUAUCCUCCUUAACUUUUUAUAUUUGCUUUUUUUCGUCAUUUAUACUUUCCUCCUUCGAGCAUUUGCGUCUUUAUUUAUUUAUCCUCUUUGUUUAUCUACAGGCUUUUUACUUUGAGUGCAUUUUAUCUUCCUCCAUGUGCCCAGCUCUGACAGACCAAUUUCACUCAAUUAUCCCUCAAACGCUGUCCCAAGAGACUCACUGCCAAUGUAAAGAAAACAAUUUGAUUCGACAAUCGGCACUCAACACAAAAACAAUUAUGUGCGGGACUAUAUUCUGAAAUAUCUUCUCUCUGAAUGCCAAACUUGCCGGCAAAGCGUCACGACUGGGAUAAAUGCUAAAGCUUGGACUGACAUGUAAUGCUGGACGGGCGUUAGCACUCAACACAUGAAUAUUCUGGUGUUGUGUGUUUGUCUGUAGAAAACACCCGUUUUUGUUUUCCUUUGGUAGUAACAUUUACAGACAGAUGGUUUUUCACAAUUGCAGCAUAUGGCACACGAGGCUUGUUUUCCUCUUUCCGAGCGCUUAAAACUCAGUUCAAACUUUUUGUGAAUAUAUGGGAUUUCCAUGUCUGCUUUACGGCGCAAUAUCUACCUCUAUAUCUCAGUAUUAUGAAUUUGCUCUUCAUUCCUGACUGAUUCACAUUCAUAUCCAUCCUGUAUGAAGCAGUCAAACACAGACUCCAGUGAGGAGAGAGCUGCAGCCGUGACAAGGGACAACAAGGACAAGGUUUGUGUUUUUAAUUAGCGUCCAAUGACAACCUUUAUGAGUAUUUUGCAUUCCCCCUUUAAAAAAAAUAAACACGGCAAAAAAGGGGACAGAGUUAAAAGACUGUUGAAAAUGAGAUUCGGUAAAAAAAAGUUUGAGUUUUCUUCUUAAUUUCAAGAGAUGUUCUCACCGGCAAAAAAGGCGUGUGUCGGAAAUGUGUUGUCUUCUAAAGUUGUCGCCCUUUGUCUCUUCUCUGUAGGAGGCUGACAGUCACAGUAGACUUGUCCUCCGCCUCUCCCCAACUAACCCUUUCACUCCUACCCCGUUUAAGGUUUGUGGGUCUCGGUGUUGUGUUUCCACUUUCCCCUUUUCCGUGUAUGCAUGUAUAGCUAUGUUUUAUACGCCACAAUACAGUUAGGGCUGUGGGGAAAAUACCAAAACAUCAAAGUAUCCCAAGAUGCCUUUUCACAAUAGCGUUUAGACUUUACUGCCCCUUAUUCCAAUACAUUUAAUAGACACAAUUAGGGCUGGGCGAUAAACUGAAAAUUUACUGAUACAGAAAUUUAUAUAAAUAGUUAACAUCAUUUUGCCCAUAUCGGUAUAUUCGGUGUCAAAAAUAAAUAAAUAAAUAAAUGAAAGUUGGUUUUGGAUGUGUGUAGGUCAGCUAUGGUCUCAUGUCCCUUUAAGAUGCUGUCCUACAUCAGAUACGUGAUUCCACCCCAUUCAACCCGUAACAAAGAGGGAAAGACAGGUGAGGAGAUGGAGGACGGUUCAAAAGUUGUAGCGGCUGAAGUAGAGAAAGUUAAUGUGGAAGGGGGUGAGCAGCUUGUUAUCGUCCAUUUAUCGUUAUCGAGGUGAACUGCUCAAUAUAUCGUGAUAUUGAUUUGAGGCCGUAUCGCCCAGCCCUAGGUACAAAUUCCUCUUCAGUCCCUUGAAUUCCUGUAACCACAGCAAACAGAUUCGGCCUCUAUCCUGGCUCCUGUAGCUCCUUUUAGAGAGAACAAAAGUGCAGCAUUGGAGGAUGAGCAGGUAUUAUUUCCAACAAAUUAGGAGUCUUUAUAAAAGACAUAGUUGGAGCAUUUCUGUAGUGAAUGAAUGGGACACAGCAGCAGGAACUUGACAGGACUCCUUAAACACCAGCAGCCCUAAACACAGUUCAUGUAUUGAGUAUACCCUAACAUGCCGUACCUGCAUACACUUGUAUGUGUCCUAACAACUCCCCUCUCUGUCUGAUUUUUGAAAAAUCAGAACCUUUUCUCUUCUUUUCCUCUCACUAAGCAACAGAAUCACUUUGAAGGUCAACCAAAGCCAAUUUUCUAAAGGUUUUUCUGAGAUUUGUCUUGUGAGGCUGGUUUUAUCUGUUAAGAGCUACAUGAUCUCUUGCUCUUGGGUUUUCCUGGUAAGUGUAGCUAUUAAUGUCUACAAGUGAGUUUUAAUUUAAGUACUAAUUCAAUUUGAGUAAUUACAUCAGUAAUAAUUGAGUGAUUAAAUCCAAUAAUUAUCCUAAUAUAACUUAAGGCAGUAGCUUAAGUAGGGCUGAUUAGGCUCAUCCUGAUUCUCGCCUCUCUGAGCCCGACAGUAUGCACUCAAACUGAUGGAGCUGUUCGUGUAGACGUGUAAAUCACAUCAACAGCUCAUUUGUGCAUUUCCUUUCUCUAUCAUAACUUUACAUCAAGCUGAUUCGUCUAAAUUCAGAGAAAAACCGGCGCUUUCUUCGCCUCGACUCUGACUAAUCAUCUAUUUUCUCUAUCUGUGACGUGACAGCUGGUGAAGCGUGAUGCGGCAAAGGCGGCUCCCACCAGCGCCAUCCUCCUCCUGCCAGUGGUGCCCCAUGUGGGAGAGACCGAUACGGACACGCUGACGGAGAUUCCUGGCAGGCCUGCCGAGGCAGAGGAGGACAAGGAGGUGGAGGAGGAGGAGGAGGAGGAGGAAGAGGAGGAGGAUGAAUUUGGAUACAGCUGGAGUGAGUUCACUUUUGCUUUUUAAGGUUGAUAGACUUUUUUCCGAACAAUUCUUCACUCUGGGUUAUUUGUUAGUACAAAUUAAAUCAAGAGCAAAAUGAAGUAUUUGGGUUUUAAGUGUCGCCUGCUUUGCUGCUUAACAGCCACUAGAGGUCCCCCAAGUUCUAUCCUGGUCUCAUAACCUGUCCAUAAAUCUACCCCUACUCUUUUGUAAAGGAUCCACACUGUACUCAUGUGGACCUGGUGUCCCAAUUAAGCCUUUAGCAACCUGAAACGGGGUAAAGUCAACUCCAGGACAAACGUACCGCUUCAAGGAGAACGGUUAGUUUCAUUCAGCUCAGGCAGCCAGCAUAAAGGACAGACAUCCAGCCUCCAAACACCUGGGACUGUGGUGAAUGUCUAUAUAUGUGUGAGUGUGUGUGUGUGUGAGUGUAAGUGUGUUGGAGAGUGUGUCCGUCCCGCGGGGAUAAGAUUGAUGAGGUUGGACCAGGGGAGGUGAGGAGUGGAGAUUAGUACAGGACUGAUGGUUCAACAGUGGCAAGGAGCCCAGAACAACAGGAGCUCAUUGGUGUGAACAGCGGCUAUCUUAAACCCACCAGAGACACAAGAGAAGGAGAGAGUGGAGUGGAGGGAGAAAAGAGGGGGCGACUUCAGACUCAGACAAAGAGACAGACAGUGAGAAAGUUCAGCAAAAGUUACAGCUUUUUACCAUCCCUGCUCGUGAAUCCUCUAAAUCACACCUGCGACAUAACAUUACACAAAUAUCUCAUAAAGGCUUACAUCUGUCUGCCACAUCCUCAGAGAACAUAAUCCAGCGCUACGGCAGCCUCCCAGGUGUCCUACACAUGAUCGAGCUGGAGAAAGGAAAGACGGGCCUGGGGCUCAGCCUGGCGGGGAACAGAGACCGCUCACGCAUGAGCGUGUUUGUGGUGGGAAUAGACCCCAGUGGGGCGGCCGGCAGGGACGGUCGAAUGGUGGUGGGGGAUGAGCUCCUGGAGGUGGGUACAUAUGGCAUUUCAUCAUAGUGAGGAUUUUAUUGUCACAUUGAAUAAUAAUGAUCAUUUAUUUUUCUCUAUUGUUAGAUCAAUGGACAGGUCCUCUACGGCCACAGUCACCAGAACGCCUCCUCAAUCAUCAAGAGCUCUCCGUCUAAAGUCAAAAUCAUCUUUGUCAGGUAGGAGAACACUCUCAUCCUCCAAUCAGAGCUUUUUGUGUGCACAUUUCCAUAGCAACAGGACCUACAUUUCUUUGUCUGACUGUGCUGAGAAUGAAAACUGAACUGAGAGAGCUGCAGCCUGUUGUAAUGAUAUUAGAAAACCAAUAGAGGGAGGUGUUGUAUUUCAACAGAAGAGGAGGAAGCGCAAAAGGGUCAUUUUUCUCUCUGGGUAAUUCAGAAAAGAGGAAAUUCUUCACUUAAAAUCAUCAACCCAUUACAGAUAAUGGAUUUCCUUUUAAGAGACUUCUCAAGUGUGAAGCAAGGCUCUAUAUUUGAAUAAAACCAGGACUUCAUCGCUAUUAUACACCCAAAUUAGCAUUGUAAUUCAAUUCUUAGUAGAUUUUGUUAUUUAAAAGUGGAUGAUUAAGUAAAUCAAGUAUCUUUUUUUAGACUAAUAUGUGUGUGCUCUGUGGUUUUUACAUUUCUACCUAUGCUGCUGUGUCUAAAGGCAGCCUAAAAGCUCCUUAUAUCUGUGGUGAGUCGUUGUGGAUGAGGGUUAAAAGCUUCAGGAACUACACAUAAAUGAAACAGCCCUACAAACAGUAUCUAUCAGGUCUUUUGAGUCAAUAUAAUUCAUAUCAGUUUGUUAGAUUAGAGCAACUACUGAAACCUAGGACUUAUUAAAAGAUGGAUAGAAACACCGGGCUGUAGGUCCGCCUCCUCCAUGGCAACAAGUGGAGCAUGAGUCAAACUUCAGAGAAGAAGAAAAAGGUCACAGAAGUUUACCAAAACACCAUUUCUGUUAUUAAAGUAAGUUCAUACCAUGAAAAUUGACAUCCAAGUGUUUAUUUGUCAAACAGUUUAGUUUUGAUUCAUUGUCUGACGCUUUAAAAGUAGGUAAUAAUAUCAUGAUUGACAGCUCCUUUGACGAAUGAGGGCGCUUUCAUCGUUGUAUCGAGUCAGUGUUUCAAACUAUACACAGCAUGUACACCGAGUGGAUUUCAGACAAAGCAGCUGACAUAUCAACACAGAGUCGGACACUCACGACCUUUGACCCUCCUCCAAACAGUCCUUGUCAGGAUCACACUACUUAACCCUCUGCUUAACUCGCAUCCCUUCCCUGACCUCCGGAGCGCACUGUGAUCAACACAUGUAAAUCAUAGCCGGGCUGUCACGAGGCAGAGGAGCAGCCAUUUACAUGAGUUAUGACUUCUGGAACAGGAACACGGAGGCGCUGAACCAGAUGGCUGUGGGACCGAUGAGGGAGCAGGAGGGAGACACGGUGGAGCCCCACGUGGAGGUACGACUGUCUGCGGCCACACACGUACACAAAUAUGCACCAGGACAAAGAAUGAUGGGAGAAAGCAGGUCGAACUUCAUCACAAUGACUAUUAUCAGCUGCUUUUACCCUGAGGAGUGUCCAUUUGAACCAAGAAGUCUCUUUGUGUGGUCCUCAGCGCUGUACUCUCACCAUCAACAAGACUAUUUACUCCUUACUGAACAAACUUCUGUUUAUUUACAGCCUGAAACAGCAGCAGCAGCUAAUGGCGACGCUGACACGUCAAAGCACGUGAACCACAUCAUAAAGCUGAAGGUGAGAAACACUGGACCUCCCCAAAAAUACACAAAAGGAUCCUUUGAAAGACCAAAAUAAAGAUGAUAAUAGAGAGAAAGUGGGAAGCAGUGUGGUAAUGAGGGAGUGUAUACAGAAAAAGUCAAUGGGGUAUGACAGAGGAAGAGAGAGAGGGAGCACAGAGGAGCGGUGGAGUCUGACAGACAGACAGGAAGGAGAGGAGAGAGUCAAAAAAAAGGUUAACAGGACAAAAAAAAAAAAAACGUGACACAGUCUAACAAAGAGGACGAGACUUAAACCUCCCAUGGUGUCCACUUUCAGUCCUUUUCAGUCGUAUUUGCUUAAGUUUAAGGAUGUCAAUUACUGGAAAAUAUCAUGCUGACUGACGAGCACAGAGAAGCUCAGAAAGUCUUCUCAGAGAACAAACAGCCCAAAGGUGAAUUCGGGGCCAGUAGGUUUUACAGGUAAUUGUUGUUUGGAGUUUUUGGUGCAGCUCUAUUAUUUAGCACCUGUCACAGCUACAUAAACAAAGCCAGUCAGUCAGACUGCGUGCCUCUGCCCCGACUGUUUAAAGUCCGGUUUCUUCAUGGAUGUUGUUUCUCCUAACAGGAUGACGGUGGACACGGCAUCUCCUUUGUGGAAGGAAACACUGACACUGGAGUGGAGAUUCAGAGUAUAUGUGAAAUGGAAGGACCCACAAGCAAAGUAUGAACUACAAACUGAAUCUUAUUGUUUGUUGACUGUAUACAGCUGACUUCUACAGAGCCUGGGAAGUCCUGCAAAGGUGGUUAUUUGUAUAAUAAGAUGUAAUUAUAUGGACGAAAGAUGAUUCUCAUGACCUGAUAGGACUCCAGGGGCAGUGUGCAGAAGUUCUCAUCUGUAACUCUGUAGAUAUUUAAUCCUGAGUGUGAUCUGCUUCAUGCAGGAGGACUGCAUGAAACCAGGGGACAAACUCCUAUCUGUGAACGGUGAAUCAGUGCUCGGCUACAGUGUUGACAAGGUAUGCCGGGAGAAGAUUAGUUGAAAUGCCGGCAAGAUCAUCAUCGCUCGAUGAAAGGCAUUACAAUUUAAUCUGAGAGGAGGAGGAAGUGCAGUGUGAUUUGUGAUUCUAUGUUUUAGGUCAAUUCUCUUCUGAGAAAAUCCAAAGGUCCAGUGAGGCUAACCUUCUCUACAAAUGAGACCUCCUCCUCCUACUCCUUCUUCUCCUCUCCCCAGCCAACCUCUCAGGAUAGUGUCGCCGCCAGCCUACCGAGCAUGCCCAGUGCCACCACCAGUGCUCUAAGUCAGCCGGAGGCAGAGACAGCCACGAGUGAGUCCAUUUACUACGACCUGACUUUCAAGCCCUUCCUCUUAUUUAGGUGUUUCAUGUUUGUUUAAUACGAUGCUCUCUCUGUUUUAGGUCUGAGUCGCUCAUCAACUCCUUCCACGCUGACCUGUGACCCGGCGACCUGUCCCAUCAUCCCCGGGUGUGAGACCACCAUCGACAUCUGUAAGGGCCGCACAGGUCUGGGCCUGAGCAUCGUGGGAGGCUGUGACACCCUGCUGGUAGGAAAUUGAAAAUAAGACCGAUUUAAAAUCUUAAAUUAUGUAUUCACCAAAUUUAAAAUCAGAAGUCAGGGCUUGACACUAACUUUUUUCACAAGGAGCACAUUUACUCCUAAGAUGAAGAAGUAUGGAGCACACAAAGAACUUUAGGGGAACAAUGAAAAUUGAUCAAAUAAUCUUUGUCUUAUUGGUCGACAUAAGUACUACUAUUUGAAAUUAAUUUUAGGUCAAUUGGUAACAUGACAUGGAAGCUAUUGAAGGAAAACAGCCUUCUUUGAGAACAUCAGUCGGUAAUUUGUUGAUGGUCCCUUAUUUAACACCCGACAUUGAAGCGAGGGUGCUGAGUAGAUUUAACUGCCAUUGCCAUUCCUAGUUAUGGAGAGUGAGAAGACACCGGUAGAUGUCCUCGAAUAUCCAAAACUAAAACUAACUUCACAGCAGUAAUUACAUGAAAGAACAUUUGUUGCCUCGGCUGAUUUUUUUAUGUGCACAUGUGCCCCUUAAUACGUUUCACAAUUCACACACAUCUACUUUGACUGGCAAAUGCGAGUGAAACGGUUGCACUGUCGAGCCCUGGAAGUGUUGACUGGACGGCUGCAUAUGUGGCUCCAAAACCUGUCUGUAUUGUUGAGCAUGAAUGGAGCUUUUCCAGAUGUGCAAAUUAACCAUCCAUGGGCUCUUAUGUAACCCCGUACCACCAAGGGUGCUGGCUUUUCAACCGUGCACUGAUAACAACCUGAGUGGUCCCACACAUGCAGGGAUUUUAUUGCAGUAGUGCUGGUUUUCAGCCGUAUCCAUUUUAUAUAUAUUUUUAGAAUCUUCAAUGACAAAAUCCUCAAGUUCACUAACCUGUUAAAAAUUAAUGAGUCUGGAGAUGUUCUGGUUCUCUUUUGGCAUUAUCUAACUUUUUCAGUGGUUUCUUGACUCACUCCCAACUUUUGAGGUUGCUCUGUGAAUUCGUCAAAACACGAGGCGGCUGCACCUGCAGGUUAACACCAACUCUGCCACCCACCUAGAGUCUCCUGUGGUGGUACAGCAGAGGUUUGAAAUAGCCGUGGCAGCUCAGGAAUGUAGGAAAUGAUGUUGUCACAGCCUUCUUCCACCACCUCCUCCUCCUCCUCCUCCUCCAUCCAUUCUGUCUGCUCAGUCAGGCCUGAUAGGGAGCUGCUCUUUGUCUGCUCCUCUGCCUCGGCCGCAGCAGACAAUAUCCAGCCCAGGAAUGUAACCUCUGAACCUCAAAUGACACUCACACUGGAGUGCAGAGAAAACACAGUGGGAGCCCAAAAAGAUACACACUUUUAAAAUAAUGCAUGUGAACUGUCAACACGGUGUUUUUUCAAUUAGCCGUACUUUUUCUCCACCAUGUACCGUCCUUCUCCUCUCAACAUAAACACUUUCAGCUCUCGUGUCGACUCUUCACAGCUCUUGUUCACCUCCUCCUCCUCUUUUUGUUCUCUCCCACUCCAGGGGGCCAUCAUUAUCCAUGAAGUUUACGAAGAAGGGGCAGCCUCCAAAGAUGGCAGACUCUGGGCAGGAGACCAAAUCCUGGAGGUGCGGUGUACAGUGCGAUGCGGUACAAUGAGCAUCACAUAUGACCUAAAUAAAAAAAAAAACAGAAAGAGGCAGAGUGAGACGUGGCCGCCUGAGGAGUUUGAACAUAAAAGCUAAGCUAAUCUAACUGAGCACUUAAAAUCCAAACAACUCUGAGCUGUUAGUGAGACAAUGAAGUGAUUGUGAGUGAAAAAGAAAGAGCAAAGUAAACACCGGCGUGAAUCCGGUUUGUAUUACACGAAAGAGACAAGUUAAGUAUCUCGGCUCAACUUGGAUUUGCCCGACGUUUGACCUCCUGCUUUGUCACAGAGGGAGGGCAGGGGUGUGGCAGCUCGAUCCGUAAAUCUGCAUUCAAAGGCGCACAUGCAUGCACACACAGCGACACACACACACACACCCUGAUGACUUAAUUGCCCUCUACGAUGCCUCGCUGUCCCUGAGCCAAGCCGAUGUGUUUAGAAAAAAAGCGGGUCAGAGAGGAUAAGUGAAAAGAGUGGUUUCCCGGUCCGCAGCGUCGCUACUGGCUGGGAAAAAAUCCUCUGUGAGGCCAUGGAGAAAGCUAAUGUGGUAUUUCCCCUCUUUAAUGCGGUUUAAACAAAAAAAAAAAAGAUGGACUUUGUGGGAAGUUAUUUUGAGGGUGUUGUGACAUCAUCCCCUGAUUUUUCUAUUAUCAUCCAGUGGCCUCGCAUCUCAGCCUUCCAGGUUCCUUCAGGAGUAAUUUGUACCUCAUGAAAAAGUCUGUUUUAGCGAUAAAUUAUUGGACUCAAGGAUAACAAAAGAGAGCUGAGCUAUUUUCCAAAAUGUCCAAGCAAAUUUCCAUUAUUAUCAACACAGCGUCUUUAUAUAGAGAGCAGAAGUGCAGGCAGGGGUCUGGGCUCUAGUAUGGGAAGUGUUCUGGUUUCUGUUUGUCGUACAUUUGUACUCAGAGUAGUUAUGACUGUUCAUAUAUCAGCAGGCUUUAGUGUGUGCUAGAAAAACAAGAGAGAAGAAGCAGACAGCAAGCGCUCCAACAUUCCCACAUUCCAACUGGUGGUGCUCUGAACACUAUUUAUUUAUUCAUUUAAAAGAUAAAGUCAAGCAAGUGCAACUAACAAUCUACCACAGUUUAAAAUUUGUAAUCUGGCCAAACUCUCCAUAAUCACAGGUGAAUGGCAUCGACCUGCGUGCCGCCACUCACGACGAAGCCAUCAACGUGCUGCGUCAGACCCCGCAGAGAGUCCGCCUGACGGUCUACAGGGAUGAGGCCCAGUACAAGGAGGAAGACCUGUGGGACUCCUUCACCGUGGAGCUUGACAAGAAGCCGGGCCAGGGCUUGGGCCUGAGCAUCGUAGGGAGGAGGUGAGAGAGAGAACUGGUACUAGAGCUUCUGCUUAAGGCUCUAUUUGCACAGAAAGAUUGAAUCGAUGAAGCUUGGAGUAGGCUUGGCACUUAAGCUCAGAGUAAUUUAGAUUAGCAAGUGUAUGGAAGUAAAUCUGUGCCAUCUGAUUUUGAAUUUGAAUUUCUAAAACUGAUUUGUUUUUGCAUCAAAAUCAGACUUUGAAUUUCAAAACCAUCAAAUUUCAAGCACGCAUUUUUACCUGACAAUUUUUCCACAAUGAUGAAAUAAAUUCAGUGUAAAAAAAAAUUGUCUCUCAAAAGUUUUGUUUAGUAAAAACUCUACUUAAAAAAAAAAAAAAUUCAACAUAAAAAUUUUUUAUGUCAAACAAACCAACUCAACAUCCUAGUGAUCAGGGAGAAAAAAUUGAUUCCUGGCUCAAUCAUCCAUCGUCCAGCCAAUCAAAAAUGCUAGAUUGGUCAUGUGGCACCGACCCCACUGGAAGAUUGAAGAGUAGAUUGUUUCCCCGAUUACCUCGAUUUUGAGUCAGUCUCUUUGACACUGAAUUUUUUUACAUUAUUUUUUUUUUUUAUGUUGAAUUUUUGACAUUUAUUUUUUUUUUAUGUUGAAUUUUUUGACUGAAUUUUUUGUCGAAUUUUUACUAAAAAAAUCUUUUGAAAGACUGAUUUUUUUACACUUCAUCAUUGUAAAAAAUUUGUGUCAGAAAUAAAAAAAUACAUGCUUGAAAUUCAAUAGUUUCCGAUUUUGGUGCAAAAAAAUUCAGCUAUAGAAAUUCAAAUUCAAACUCAGAUGGCACGGAUUUACUUCCAUACAAGUGAGAUUAGUUUUUGGCAACAUCAUGAGCAACUUCUUUAUCUUUCUUUAAUCUAAAAGUUAUUGUGAACUCAUUGAUUUUCUUUUUUGUGCAGGUCACGGCAGCAGAGGUAAUCUCUAUUAAAAGGCCUGAAUAGUUCAAUAGCAGGUAGUGUGUAGAGAGCUAAAUAAAUGAAGAUAAAAAUCUUGAAAUACAUUAAAGUUUACAGGGUAAAAAAAUAGUUUUUUAGACUGUUUGCUUCUGAAACCUGUAGAUUGAAUAGGUUUGGUUAAAAUGUAAUUUUUUCAACAAAAUCAUCUCAUUGAAUCCUCAUUUUUGACCUCAUACCUGUAAGACAUCAGAUGUCUAGACUGCUAACAUGUUAAUUUACAGAAGUUAGACAAUAAGAGCGCACCUCCCUCACUAGAGUAGAAACUUUUUAUCAACGUUCAAUCAGCUGUUUUUUCUCAGUUACUUUCAUGGCUUAAAGCGCACGUGGGGAAGAGACCUGCUGGAUCACAUGCUGCUGCUGUCAGGUGUGCAGAUCCCUGUGAUUGAUUCCCCCCCUGGGAUAACACUCAGGAAUGUCUUCUACAGAUCUACAUGCACAUUCACAGCUCAGUCUGUGUGCCUAUAACUGUUAGGGAGAGGAGUCAGCCUUUCAUGUCGCUGUAAAUCUUUUCUGCUGUCAGAGCGGUUUUUCUACACACAAGGAAAAAAAACACAAGGAAAACUGCUCGGUAGGAUGGAAAAGGCAGCAUCGUAAGAGACAAUCUAAAAGCUCGAGCUAAAAUGGAAAGUGCAAGCUAGCAGUUAGUGGUGGAGUGGUGACAGCCAAGUGUCUCUGGCACCGGAGGACGGAGUGGGAUUGAGUUGCUCUGCUUCACAGCUUCUGCUUGUGUUCGUUUUAUCUACGUGGAGAUUGGCACUCGGGAUAGGGAGAGUCCACAGAGAGGAUGCACUUUUGGAUGAAAAGACACAGGCUGAGGACUCGUCACUGUCCCUGCAGUUCUCUUAAUUUCCCAGAGGUCUGUGCUUGAGGAAGAGCACAGAUCUUUCCGCUCUGAUAAGCUUUCCAGACAACCUGAGAAAGGAAAAGCAGGUGGAAGUGACUGUGGUAGGUUUACACGCCCGUCAAUCUAGAUCAUAAAUGAGGACAGAAAAAGAUGUUCACUUUAUGGAUUUGAAAACUUAAAGAUGGAAAAUACAUUCAUGGAGGCCACAGCUGGGGGGGUAAACACACUCUUUUGCGAUUUAAUAUUCCAUCUUAGCGGCUGUUCAGCUGCCACUUUCCAAGAAACAUAAGCCACAUUGCUGCAGAGGUCCACUGGAAAAAAGGUUCUCAACUACAUCCUCAGUUUCAGGCGUCAGCAGUUUGACAGAAUUAAGGUCAACUGUUGUGAGGAAAACAUUUUGAGAUCCUAAUACAUGACACCUGGUCUGUCUGGACAGGAACGACACAGGGGUGUUUGUGUCUGAUAUCGUGAAAGGAGGUUUGGCGGACACCGACGGCAAACUGAUGCAAGGCGACCAGAUCCUGUCGGUAAACGGAGAGGACGUCAGAUCGACAACCCAGGAGGCGGUGGCUGCUCUACUUAAGGUGACUCCAACUUGAGAAGAGGGUGUGGUCAGCGACGAAACAAAACAGUGUUGAACAGCUGAUUUAAAUCAAUUCUUUUGUGUUGUAGUGCUGCGUCGGACCCAUAAAAAUGGAGGUCGGGAGGUUCAAAGCAGGUCCUUUCCACUCUGAAAGACGACUGUCUCAAAAUAGUCUGGUACUUUCAUUUAAAUCUUUUGAUCAUAUGUUGAAUAAAAUAUCUUUUUAAUAGUCAUUAGUGUUUAAACUCGAUGUAUUUUUUCAGAUGGGUGAACCAGGAAGCUCCAAAGUGGCCUCCCAGAUGUGUCCAGACUCUGGAAACCUUCCUGGCGACGCUGACAAACUAAGUAGGAGUCCAGAUCUGAAGUUUUAAUGUUUAUAAAGCAGCCAUAAAAAAGGAAAUGUAAACUGCAGACAUGACAUCGCAACGUUAAGCGUGUUUUCUUCUUUACCACAGCUGCAGAGCAUCAGGACACCCGCACAGUCGAGUUUACAAAAGAACCCAAUGAGUCUCUGGGUAUCAGUAUAGCAGGCGGCAUCGGCAGCCCAUUGGGCGACAUACCGAUCUUCAUCGCCAUGAUGAAUCCUGUGGGCGUGGCUGCUCAGACUCAGAAACUCAAGGUACAAAAAAUUCGUCUCUUUGUGGGUCACCCUUUAAGAAUCUGUGGGGAUGCAACAGUAACUUGCAAGACAGCCAAGUACUUACUGUUUCCACACAUCAAGCGCGAGUAAAAUCAUUCACGCAAAUGAAUUACAUGUUAAGUCAAUGUGAAGACGAUAUUAGACGCUCCUGCUACUCUGGUGGCGCGAUUGACGUGAAUUGGGCGGAAGCGAAAAUGUCUCAACUUGAGUGGAUAUUUAAAAUAUGGUAAUAUGGUACAUUGCGACAUGAUACAGCAGUGCAACGUCAUGCAUGACACAUCACAGCAUAGUAGCACUCUGUAAAGAAGCACAGCGCCUUGACUUCUGUUAACAACACCAUGGAGCCUCAUUUUCUUUUUAUUAAGUGCGAAGAUAAAAAAAUAGAAGAGCCUUCGGACCUCGUCGUGUUACACCCUGGAAAAAAAAAAAUACUAAACUUGGCAUUGUGAAUUGUAUUGUAAGUGGAGCCCGUCAUUAAAUUCCGAACAAUUGGAUAGCAGUCAUUCUUGUGUGGGCUCAAAUGUGAACCUCAGAUAUUCCCACUCGUUUUACUCCGUCUGAGAAUCUCAAAUCCGACCAAAAGGUCAAGAGCACGCCGCCUUUAGCAGAGACCUUUGCUGUCUAAUGACAAUUGUAUCUCUGUGUCACGCACACUGGAGGCGGACAAUGGCCGCUGCGAGUGCGGAUAAUAAAUCUCCCACUCCUGCAUUCAGUUGAGUGAGCCUACAGAAGGGCUCAUUGAAAAGGAGAGGGGUAAAUCUUGAAUGGUAUAUUCAUGCUGCGUCAUCUUUUCAGCCAGAGUGAAAGAUGAGAACUCCACAUAAUAAAAUUACUCAGUUGCAGUCGAGGAUAAUUUUGCUUUUGUGUGGUGUCAAAUAUUAAAAUUUCCUCAAUAUCAGUUUGUGUCUCAUAUCCUCUCUUCACACUGAAAGUGCUUCAAAGAAAGAAAAAGUACCUCUCCAAGUUUAAAAAGUGCUCCUGCUGUGCUGUUCCAUAUUCAUACAGCUUUUUCGGGGAAAAGAAAACAUCAGAGUUUGCUCUUUAUUUAAACUAGGUUAUGUGUUGCAAACUUAAGCAACCCUGAGUCUCAUCUGCAUCUAGAGUUUCCAGACUUUCUUGGGAAUGCUAGGAGUUGUUUUUCUUUCCUAUAGUCCCCUCAAGUGGAUCUAACUCUUACUUUUCCAGAUUGGGGACCGCAUCGUGAGUAUCUGUGGAACCUCUGCUGAAGGCAUGACCCACUCUCAGGCGGUGGCUCUGCUCAAGAACGCCACCGGCACAAUACAGCUGCAGGUCAGUACACGAACAUGAACAUUAUGAUAUGAUAACCCUGCAGACUCAGUCAGAUAACCCACAAUGACAAGCCGUCUUCACUCUUAUCUGUGUACAAAGAGACGAGUCGAAAGGCUACUGCCGGCUCUCUUUGAUCGUCCAUAAAACUUGUCUGUCAGCCUGCUAUCUGUCUCUAUUAUGCAAGCCUAGUGUGCUUUUGUUAAUGUGUAGAUGCUUGUGUGUUUAGGUGGUAGCAGGCGGUGACACCACAGUGACUGGUCCCUCUCAGGAGCAAGCAGCUGGAGGUCUGACACCGAGCUGCAUCUUCCAGGAUGACCUCGGGUAUGAACCUUCGAGAAUAAGUGGCGACAUAACGGCCAACUCAACUUAUUUGCAGGAACCAGACCAGAUUUAAAAGUGCAGUGAUUUACAACUACUUAAAGGGAUAUUCUGGCGUUAAAUUAAUUUAGGGUCAAACACACCAUAACACAGAGUUAGACACCCCCUCGAGAGAUGAAUCUUGCCGACUGCUUUCUUCUCUAGUUAUACCAACUUUAGUAAUGACCGCACCAUAGCAAAACACAGCGGUCUGAGGACCCAUAAACAAACCUCAACUGUAGCGCCACUCUAUAGCCACAAAUAAUGCUCAGAGCAGCACCUAACUUCAUCAACAGUACAUUUAGGGUCCCAGCCAUAGUAUUAGCCACCAAACAUCUUUUUAACUUUGCCUGAUUUCUUUGACAAAGAGUCUAAACACAACUCACCUACUCUCCUCCGGCAGCGGCUUGUUUGUAGUUACAGACUACAGUGGGGUGACGCAGCUCAAGGAAGAACAUUUACGAUCAGUACUUUAUCAUUUUCAUUUUAUCAUCAAAUGAUCAUAAAUGUUCUUCCUUGAGCUGCGUCACCCCGCUGUAGUCCGCAAUGGACUGGCCCAGAGGUCUUGCUACAAACAAGCGGCUGCUGGAAGAGAGUUGGUGAGUUGUCUUUAGUCUCUUUACUAAAGAAAUCAGGCAAAGCUAAAAAGAUGUUUGGUGGCUAGUACUAUGGCUGGGACCCUAUAUGUACUGUUGAUGAAGUUAGGUGCUGUUCUGGGCAUUAUUUGUGGCUAUAGAGUGGCGUUUGGUUGAGUGCGUGGCUCUGUGUAUUGCUAUCCUGCGGUCGUUACUAAAGUUGGUAUAACUAGAGAAGCAAGCCGUCGGCAACAUUCUCUUGAGGUGGUGUCUAACUCAAUGUUAUGGUGUAUUUGACCCAAAAUUAAUUUUACACCGGAAAUUCCCUUUAAUCGCUGAGCCUUUGGAAAGUAUUAAUCUCUCGCUUUCUGUCUUCCUAUCAGCCCACCUCAAUACAAGACCAUCACUCUUGAACGAGGCCCAGACGGACUUGGUUUCAGUAUUGUCGGAGGGUACGGCAGUCCACACGGAGACCUGCCCAUCUAUGUUAAAACUGUCUUCGGAAAGGUCGGUGAAAAAUCUUCUAGUUAAUACUCACAGAGCUGAUAAAUUGGCGCAUUUUUUACUCACAGCUCUGCUCCUUGUUUCAGGGGGCGGCGGCAGAAGACGGGCGCCUUAAGAGAGGAGACCAGAUCAUGGCGGUUAACGGGCAGACUCUGGAUGGCGUAACCCACGAAGAAGCCGUCGGCAUCCUGAAAAGGACCAAAGGAACUGUCACGCUCACUGUGCUCUCAUAGAAACACAUCGAUUCGUUCACUCCUUUUGUUCGCUCUUUUCACAUGUAGUUAUUCCAUAUGAAGAACUCUGAUGUAGCCCCACACGACACCACAAAGGCAUGAUCUAGCAGGAGAACUCAACCCUUUCAGAUCUGCAGGAUUGUGCUGAGUAAUCUGUGAAUAUAUGCACACUGAAAUGUGAACCGUACACUGACAAUGAUGAAGAGCCUGAUAUCUCCACGUAGCUUUAAACACUGUGAUUCACACAAGCCUGCUGUAGGUAGACUGAACUGCUCCCAGAAUAGUAUGUUGACAUAUAAACUCAGAGUGUGUUACCUAUUCAGCUCACAGUCGGGAUUUGUUGUCAUAUGAAUCUCAAGUAGGUUGUAAAAAAAAAGUGUUAAAACACCGAGUUACAUUCCACGGCUCUGGUAUGAAGAAUUCACUGCACUUUUCAUCUCCAGUAUUUUCGCUGAAUUUAUUAGCUAGCACUGUUUUUAUGAGUCUUUACGACAGCAAAGGCCCCAAAGUCGCUAUCAGAGGAUUUCAACACAGACGCAGCCCUUUUUAAUCAACUUUUUUUUUACAGUCUGGGAUCUCCUUCAAGUGGAGACAUCCAGCUGAAUUAAGAGCAUGAAACAGCAGGAGCACAUUCUUGGAGGCAAUUAAGUCAUUAGCGGGAUUAAGCUAAUGGAUAUUUUAGCUUCUAAUAGCAUUAUUUGUCUCUUAAGUUGCGCUGCUGUUGGCCAGUUUUCAUACAGUUUUUUUCCUGAAAAGGCUAAUGCUGCUGUAACUGGUGUUAAUCAUCUUAUCAUGAAGUAGCUGUUGUUUUAUCGGAAGAGGCCAAGAGAGCAUAUUUUUUAAAGUGCUGACGGCUUAAAAACUGGUAUUAAAACGACACAGCGAGUCGAAGUUUCCCUAAAGGAAAGAUGUGAAUCUAAGACAGUGUGUGUGUGUGUUUGUGUACAGCCCGUUUACUGACUUAUAGUGCUGCUAAAGCUGUCAUGUUAGGUAUUAUUUUAUAGUAUUUGACUUUUUUAAGUAUUGAUCACUACAUGGAAGCGUACCACACGGCCUGCUCUCUUGUAUGGAACAGACAAGUGGUUUUUACGUAAGUGUUAAAAAGGUCAAAUGUUUUUGGACCUGAGCUGACUUUGACCUCGUUACGUACUCAAAAUAAAGUCAUCUAGUGCGUAGUUUUCAAAUCAUUAGACAUGUGUUGUGUGUCCUAGUUGUUUCGGAGAACUCUAGAGUCUGUUCUCUAGAGCUGUCGAUGUGACAGUAUUGAAUUUAUUCACACUGAAUUAAAUAAAAGUGACCUUUGGAUUCAA